AUCUGGAGGGGUCUUUCUAACGCAUAUCUGGAGGGGAAUUUCUCGGGUAUAUCUGGGUGGGUAAUCUUCGCUGGGCCAACGAACCAUGGCAGGGGCUGAGAUCGCCCGUGAGGGCUGUGAGUACGAGACGCUGGCACCAGAGAACCACGACGAGACCACCAAAAUCAUGGGCACUGGCAGCACUCCGCAGAGCCAGGAGGUACAUAUUAAAAAUAAUCUUCAUCGCAUUUUUUAUUUUUUCAUGGUGGCCCUCGCCCUCGUAGAUUUCCUUGUUUCGAUCCACCUGUCCACAUUCAUAGUUCUUGGAUUGAAGGUCUAUGAGAUAUGGGCUAACUUUGUAAACUUAGCAAACAAGUACAAGCAACUCUAGUACACGUUUUGGUUGGGUCGUAGGUUUUAGGAGUCGAAAGCAAAGAAGAGGCAGAGGCUCUUGCCGUUUAUAAUAACUCAGAAGACAGCGCUUUGGCAGCUCUUCGAGAUCGUGAAGGUAUGGGGGUACUCUGCGGCUCUGUUUUCCUAUUGAAUGGGGACGACAAAUGGCACACACCCUUUAGUUUUAUUUAAGUAGGAACUUGACAACUUCAACUUAGUCUUAGAGUGAUGCGGGCCAUCAUCUGGCCUCUCAGCAACAGACUGACUCCUUCGCAUUAGGCUGCUGAGUAAGUUAUAUUGUGCGAUUAAAAUAAGAAGAAGAUGAGAAGUAGAUCUAGAUGUAGAAAGAGCUUGAGCACUAACUAACUUUUUGGUAGAUCAUGAGUGCGGUUCUACCUCCCUGAGCUGGUCUUCCCACUGCACUGCCAGAGCGGCAAUACCAUAGAAAAGAAGCAAGAAGCUUUUCUUCAUAAGGAAGGAGCUUCCCCGGGAGAGCCCAACCUCAUGAACACGAAGGGCAUGUAGCUAAGCUCCCGCGACCUUAGCCCCCUUUUAGAGUGAUCCUCAGUUAGCGCUAGCUGUCACUUGCGUAGGGUCCUGUAUGAGUAUGACAUAGGAGGUAACUUUUUUUCAGCUAACACUAUGCCAUAUUAGUACAACUUAUAUUAGAGUAAGGUAAAUAACGGGUUUCGGGUUGCUCGCGUUGCAGCGGGUUGCCCGCGUUGCCGAAGCGCAGGGGUUGCAAAUCUGGAACGGGUUGCCACGGGUUGCCAGGAGAAUCCUGGCCCAGCAAAAUGGGGCGAAGCCGGGCGGAGGGUAUGGCGGAGCAUUUGCGCGCCCGAAGUGAAGAAAUGAAGAAGAGCGCAGCUCUUGCCUUUUGUUGGGGCUCAUGAAAUUGAAAGGGGCAGCCACGUGUGGAGGGCUCUGCAGCCUUUCAGGCUCUUACUUUGUAGCGUGCGGGCGCGUGUUUGAAGCGAAAACAAGGAGCGAACUUCCCUGCUCUCUGUUGUUUUUUUUGAGUUCAGUGUCGCCGUGGUCUGGUGUGUCGUCUUCGAGUCGUUGGCGAUCUCUCCACUUUUUCUUCGGGUGCGAGCGUGGCCAAUCUGCUUGGGGGCUGAGAGCGUGUUUCUGUCUGCUGCCAUCAGCGUGCGGGCGACGUGUCCAGCCUUGGGCCUAGCAGUAAGUAUACUGGAGGAGCUUGCUAAAUUGAAACGGAUUGACGCGCUAGAUAUUUAUAUACGAGCGCAUCGCCAUCAGUAUGCAACUAGAAAGAACUACGUAGACGUCGCAAGUAGAUAGGGCGUCGCCGCUAGAUGUCUUACCCAUCUAGCUAGAUACCAGCCACACCACUCCGCUGAGAGUAAGAAUCGGUGGCCGCACUUCCUUGGCAAGAAAAGGGUAGGCGUUGGGGCUUUAAUGGUGGGCGCACUAAGAAGAACGCCAAGGAUCAGAGACGCGGCGCGUGGUGUCGUGCGCUCCUUUUAAGGUUUCUCGUAGGGUCAUAAGUCUGCGCCUGAAGGGCGCCGCGCAAAAAAUUUGGGUUGGCAACUCGAGCAAGCCGACCCGAUAUUGGUCAAAAAAAGGCCUAAAGCUAUUGGCGUUAAGUCAGCUAAGAACUGCACAAAAACGGUCUUCGCUGCCGCCUCCUCGUCCUGAAAGUGCUCCGCUUAGCGGCUUUUGCAACUUGCUUCCUCUUGGUUUUUCUGUCUUUUGGUUUCGUUUCAUCCAUGUGAUCCCCCGCGCCCCUCCAGAGUCCACCGCACCAGCCUGCAAAUGUGUGCUGGGGGAUUUUGGAGGGGCGCGGGGAUUUGGAGGGUGCCCGAGGUUCUUGGCUCGCAACUGGGUGAGGGUUUUCCAGAAGGGAGCGCAAUAGGCGGCGAGUGUUCUGCGGAUUCGUAUCAUGCCCGGAAAGAUUGAACUCCGUCCGGAUUUUUGCAGUCCUUAUUUGGAUUUUCUCCAUUCAGGCCCCACUUGUCUGCGGUCAGAUUUUUCACCAUAAUCGGAGAGGUUUGGGGGUUCUUCGUUCUUGGGUCUUUUCAUGUUGUUAAGUGUUGGACUUUUGACCACUCGGCGCCCCGAGGCUCUCGCGCCGGGUGGGAUUAGUUACAAGGAUGAGAGACACGCCGCCGCCUCUAAAUGGCCAGGCCAUUCCCAAUGCGCGCCGCUGUGUGUGCGCAGAUUGUCGGGGGGGUUUGCUGGCUUUGUUCGCACUCUUUUGAAGUAUUUCAGCGGGGAACUUUUCGGGGGUUUCAACUGAAUUGAAUAAACUCCUCUAUUGUGUGCCGUGUUCCGGCUCGCGAGGCCAUUUUUGAUGAAAAAACUGAAAAGAUGUCUUCAGAUUUUUUUCCAAAAAUGGCUUAGCGAGCCGGAACACGGCAAACAAUAGAGGAGUUUAUUCAAUUUGUUGGCAUUUUUCAAGAAGGGCUGGACUGGUUGCCGCUUCAGUUCCAAAGGGCUCGCGCCUCCUCUUUUUGUUCAGUUUCGAUGGUGUAGCGUGCUCGCCGCGCCUCUCGUGCUUCUGCAGUUGGUUGAUUAGAUUUCAAACCCCACUUGUCUGUGGUCAGAUUUUUCACCAUAAUCGGAGAAGUUUGAGGCAGUCCGCCCGAGGUUCUUCGUCCUUGGGUCUUUUCAUGUUGUUAAGUGUUGGACUUUUGACCACUCGGCGCCCCGAGGCUCUCGCGCCGGGUGGGAUUAGUUACAAAGAAGAGAGACACGCCGCCGCCUCUAAAUGGCCAGGCCAUUCCCAAUGCGCGCCGCUGUGUGUGCGCAGAUUGUCGGGGGGGUUUGCUGGCUUUGUUCGCACUCUUUUGAAGUAUUUCAGCGGGGAACUUUUCGGGGGUUUCAACUGAAUUGAAUAAACUCCUCUACUGUGUGCCGUGUUCCGGCUCGCGAGGCCAUUUUUGAUGAAAAAACUGAAAAGAUGUCUUCAGAUUUUUUUCCAAAAAUGGCUUAGCGAGCCGGAACACGGCAAACAAUAGAGGAGUUUAUUCAAUUUGUUGGCAUUUUUCAAGAAGGGCUGGACUGGUUGCCGCUUCAGUUCCAAAGGGCUCGCGCCUCCUCUUUUUGUUCAGUUUCGAUGGUGUAGCGUGCUCGCCGCGCCUCUCGUGCUUCUGCAGUUGGUUGAUUAGAUUUCAAACCCCACUUGUCUGUGGUCAGAUUUUUCACCAUAAUCGGAGAAGUUUGAGGCAGUCCGCCCGAGGUUCUUCGUCCUUGGGUCUUUUCAUGUUGUUAAGUGUUGGACUUUUGACCACUCGGCGCCCCGAGGCUCUCGCGCCGGGUGGGAUUAGUUACAAAGAAGAGAGACACGCCGCCGCCUCUAAAUGGCCAGGCCAUUCCCAAUGCGCGCCGCUGUGUGUGCGCAGAUUGUCGGGGGGGUUUGCUGGCUUUGUUCGCACUCUUUUGAAGUAUUUCAGCGGGGAACUUUUCGGGGGUUUCAACUGAAUUGAAUAAACUCCUCUACUGUGUGCCGUGUUCCGGCUCGCGAGGCCAUUUUUGAUGAAAAAACUGAAAAGAUGUCUUCAGAUUUUUUUCCAAAAAUGGCUUAGCGAGCCGGAACACGGCAAACAAUAGAGGAGUUUAUUCAAUUUGUUGGCAUUUUUCAAGAAGGGCUGGACUGGUUGCCGCUUCAGUUCCAAAGGGCUCGCGCCUCCUCUUUUUGUUCAGUUUCGAUGGUGUAGCGUGCUCGCCGCGCCUCUCGUGCUUCUGCAGUUGGUUGAUUAGAUUUCAAACCCCACUUGUCUGUGGUCAGAUUUUUCACCAUAAUCGGAGAAGUUUGAGGCAGUCCGCCCGAGGUUCUUCGUCCUUGGGUCUUUUCAUGUUGUUAAGUGUUGGACUUUUGACCACUCGGCGCCCCGAGGCUCUCGCGCCGGGUGGGAUUAGUUACAAGGAAGAGAGGCACGCCGCCGCCUCUAAAUGGCCAGGGCAUUCCCCACGGGCGCCGCCAUGCGUGCGCAGAUUGUCGGGGGGGUUUGCUGGCUUUGUUCGCGCUCUUUUGAAGUUUUUCAGCGGGGAACUUCUCGGGGGUUUCGCCGGAAUUGAAUAGACCCCCCCACUGUUUGCCGUGUUCCGGCUCGCAAGGCCAUUCUUGACGAAAAAACUGAAAAGAUAUCUUCAGACUUUUUUCCAAAAAUGGCUUUGCGAGCUGAAACAAGGCAAAAAGUAGGGGGGUUUAGUUAUUCAAUUUCCUGGCAUUUUUCAAAAAGGGCGGGGCUGGUUGCCGCUUCAGUUCCAAAGGGCUCGCGCCUCCUCUUUUUGUUGAGAUUCGAUGGCGUAGCGUGCUCGCCGCGCCUCUCGUGCUUCUGCAGGUGGUUGAUUAGGGUGGCGCUAAGUCAGCUAAGAACUGCGCAAAAGCGGCCUGCGCUGCCGCCUCCUCGUCUUGAAAGUGCGCCGCUUAGCGGCUUUUCCUUUUGUGACUUGCUUCCUCUUGGUUUUUCUGUCUUUUGGUUGCACACAUAUGAGCACACAGCACUGCCGGGUGGAGGAGGACAGGGACGGAGCAAGAUAGACUACGCCGUGGCCAACAGGACGGCGGCGGAAAGGAUGGGAAAAGCUGGCAUGAGCUCGAGGAAACUGGGCUACACCAUAAAGGAAGAAGAGGAGAAGAAGGGCCGCCGCCCCAUGCUGGUUACCAUUGGGCUCCUCGAGAAACAGGGAAAGCGGAAAGAGCUGGGGAACGUCGGGGCGAUCCGGUAUGGCAGGGAGAGGGUGUGGGAAAUGGCACGGCACCAGAGGGAAAUGGUGAGGCCCUCGAAGUACGGGCUGGAGCAACGAGAAAAGUGGGACACGCUGCAGCACAAGACUGGACAAAGGCAGCAAAAACAGAAGAGAAAAGGAGAAACGGAGGAACAAGAAGAGAGGGGAGCAAAGAAGCAGUGGAAACAAGAGGAGCCGGGGGAAGCGGACAAGGGGGGCGCACGCACCCAAACACCGGCAGAGAAGCGGAGGCAGAUAAGGACUGCGAAUGUGUGCAGCUGGACGCCUAGAGAGCUCAGGAGUGAACUGAAGGAAACAAAAUCCAACAAGGAAAGAGGACCGCGGAGAGGUCUGACGAUGCUGGAUGGAUAUGGAAGCGACUAGCCAAAAGGGUACACGCGAGGGAACAGGAGAAAAAAUGGAGGGGGAUGCAGGCCCUCCGCGAAGCUAGGAGGGUAGUCCGUCGAAAAUAGAAAAGAGGACGUGUUCCAGAAGUGGGACAAAAUAGGGGACAGAGAAAGGGCGAGGACGCUUCGCGCACUAGCAGAAGAAGAGACGGCAAGGGUGGAACGGUGGCAAGAGCUCAAGAAAGUGGCGGGCAAUGCCAGGGAGCUCGAGGACAUUGAAGCAGAAAGGGCUAAAGAGCUCGAAGAGGUAAUGGCCUGGACGCGUCGGAUGUCCCUGAACGCCUACAGGGCCCGCCAGGGGCGUGAAACCUACGGAAAAGAGGACGGGGAGAAAGGCGCCUGCCUCUCCCGCGUAAGAUAAUGGCAGACAGGGGGCUCAGAUGGCUCAAAGCGCCUGAGGAGCAGGCAAGGGACCAGAAGGAAGAGAACAGCCUGAGAGACUGGAAAAGAGGCAAGGACCAGACGCAGACUGGAGGAGGGCUCGCUCUCCCGGUAGUCUGGGAAGAACUCUCCCAGCGGGUGAAAGCCAUAACAAACCGAGGCAAGCAUCCCAGAGGGGAGGGUAGGGAAAGGCUGGGCGCGGUGAUAGUAAAAGACGGGAAGAGAAAAGAGACCGGGAACGAGCUGGAAAAGCUCCGGCGCGAACGGAUUAAAGCAACAAAGGAAGGGAAAAAAGCGGGCGCCGCUUUGGCGCAUCUUCUGAGGAAAUACCACGAGGGGAAGACGAAGGCGACUGCAUGGCGGUGCUGGCGACAAGGCGAGCAGAAAAUAAACGGAGGAAAAGAAAAAGAGAACCGGUAAGCCCCCGGAGGAGGAGCAAGAAGAGCAGGAGGCGAACGAGGUAAGCAGCACGCUAGGGCAAAAGCUGAAAGAAAUCGCGGCCAGGCGUCGCAACCUGCGCAAACAAGAGGAGGACCUGAGGGGGGAGGUAGAAGGACUAGAAAAGGAAGCGAAGGCCACGGGGUGGAAGGGCAGAAAAUCAGGAACCUCGCCAGAGGAAGCAGGACCGACCAGGCCGAGCAGCUGAGCUCCAUGAAAUGGCGCGGCAACACAGAGGGACGAGCCGAGGAGGAAAGAAGAACACCGAAGGCAGUGGCAUCAGGGUAACCGACCGCGUUGGGAAAUACAAAGGAACCGCCAGGACGGGCAACGAGAUCGCUGACGCCUUCCGCGAGAGAAUAGAGGAGCGCUGGAGCAUCGCCGGAGAAGAUGAUAAGGACACCGACGAAAAAUGGAACAAGACCAAGGAAGAAGCGGAGCCGGGAAAGUGGUCGGCCAAAAUAGGCGAGAAGCUCCGGAAUGAGCUAAAAGGAGUGGGCGCCAAUGGGCUGCCAUGGCAGGCCGAUAGGGAGGCAACCGAACAAGCCAAGUCCGCGAAAGCGGCUGGGCCGGGCGGAAUCAUCGGAGAGAUCUUCAAGCUGGGCCCCGUGAACUGGGCGAAGGUUCUGAAGGAGAUAGACGAAGCGAGCGGGGCUGAGGAGUUGCAAACAGGAUGGGCGGCAUGACUGUACAAAGGGAGGGGAAGCAAAUGCGAGAGAAUAAACUACAGGCCAGUCGCCGUCCUGCAGGUUGCGCGCGAGAUAAUACGCAACGCGCACAGGUGCCAGCUCGAAGGAAUCAUAAGGGAUGCCAUGGGUAGGGUCCUCCGUCAGUAUGGUUUCCAGGCCCGAGUGGGAUCAUGCAGGGACUACCUCCUCGACGUCAGGUCACGGAACUCAUAGAGGCAGACGAGACGUCAGGCCCUACCCUUGCGCUGUGCGAUCUAAGUAAAGCCUUCGACCGGGCGAGAAGGCCAGGGGCAAGCCUUGGAGGAUCAUGCUGGAGCUAGGUGCUCCAGCCGGAUACGUCGAGAAGGUGACGAACUUACACAGAAAGACGCGAAGGGCUUCGCAGUGGGGAAAGCACCGAGCAGAAGAGACAGCAAUCGACCUCGGAGUGUAUCAGGGGUCGCCAAUAUCCCCCUACCUGUUCAUCAUCUACACGCUUGCGAUGAGUGAAGAAAUCGAGCGAAGACUAGAGGGGGAAGGGUUGAGGGGGGUAGAAGUGACCAAGCCAGCGAACGCGACCGAGGAACCGCGAAAAGGUUGGCAGAACAGCCAGCGCAAAUGGAAGCCAAGGGUGAAGAAAUGGGGCAACCCGGCCCCCGAAGAGAGGCAGCCGCGCAGGGGGGUGGUCCCGGAGCAUCCAAGCGUGCGAGGGGCUGACAGGGACACAGAUAGGGCCUUCAGCCUCACCAUAUACGCUGACGACGCAAGCAUAUGGGGGCACACGGUGGAGAAGACAGUCUGGGCGGUGGAAAUCUUCGAGGAAGUAGGGCAGGGCUACAGCAUGACUGUGAACAAAUCAAAAACGGAGACUCUCACGCGGGAAAAACUGACCCACCAGGAGCGGAAGGCCAUAAGUGAGAGACUAGGAAGCAGCGACUUCGAGGCAAAAGGGACAGAUCUGAUUAAAAGAAACGGGCGUCUAGUCGGGGAUAUCGUAAACAUCUACGGCGCCACACAGCCGGAGGUGGCUGACCGGCUGAACAAGGCCAAAAAAGUCGCGAGGAUGAUCAGCCCGCUCCUAAGAGAUGAGGACAUCGAUCAACAUGACAGGAAGAUGCUAGUCGAAGCCCUGGUGGACACCGUUUUACUCUAUGGGCUCGACACGUCCAAACUGUCAGACCAUGACAUGGAACAGAUGCAGCAAAUCCAGACCAAGCUGGUCACUCAGGGUCGUGGCGGACCCGAAGGAAGAGAAGAGGCGCGGAGAGACUUGGGGAAAGAAGAGGGCGGCCCUACCGCUCACGGAUAUGACAAAGGAGGAGAUCCGCGCAGCGUGCAGAAUGGUGGAGAAGGAGCAGCGCCCGCCGCAGGAGGAGGUAGACAGGAGAGCCCGCCUCCCCACGGUUCGGAGCAAGUGGGAGCGCCUGAGGCUACUGGCAAUAGUCGACAGAUACAGGGAGGAAAAGUGGGGCAGAAGGCUCGGCCUGGGGAUGACUCUCAAGGCCAACGAAGGGCCGAACACAAUGCCUGCCAGGAGAGUCAGACUAGGAGAAAGGGACAACAAGGAGGCGGAGAUAUGGAAGAAAUUCAAGGAGAGACUAGGGAAAUUCCUCCAAAACGAACCAGGGGGGGUUCCAUAAUAUGGAGGAACUGAGCGAGAUAAUAGAAAUAACGCGGGACCCUGAGAAGCUGGAAGGGACGCCACGCGUGCAGACCUGGGUGGAGCGGCUGGGAAUGGCAGACGUCGACGCGUGGAACCUCGUGACACGCUGCCCGCAGUCGAUCCACUGGAAGGAACUAUGGAACGCGGCAACGAGAGUCCUGCACAAUACCAGAAGAGGAGAGCGAGAAGACAGGGACUGGACGACGUGCAAGCACUGUGGGCAGGAAGGCUCUAAAGGCCCAAAGGGUUUAGUGGCGCACUGGGUAAGGACGGCAAAAAACUGGAAGGAAGAAGAGCGCGCAAGCUGUGGCUACCAGGCUGCAAGCGAAAGAGAGCGAGAAUGGAAGAAGGACCGCGGGGACAUGAUGGACGCCGGUGACCUGGAAAGGCUCUCGCACUUCCAGGAAAUAUAUCUGGAGGAAGCAGGACUGAGCCCCGAGGAUGUGAAAGAAGUGGCGCGCAUAUCGCUGAAAGGAAAAAAGUGGCCGUACGUAGGAAACGGCAUGCACAUCCAAGACAAGCAAGAGGCAGAGGAGCGCCUCAAACUUGUGGAAGACUGGGAACAUUACGAGCAGACGGGGGAAAUCAUCGACCAAGACAACCGGCGAGACUGCCCCUGGGGGGUGAAGAAAUGCCAGGGGGCGCAGUCGGAUACUCGCCGAUGUGGUAUGUGCCAGGCGAUGCACGGCACAGGCCAGGCGCGCCAGAAGUGGCUAGAACAGGCCAAAAGGGUAAGAAAGGACGAGAAAAGGUGGGAUGCAUACCACGGGGCCAGGCGAAUGCGCUGGGACCCGAUGACAAAGGUAAAGGCGUGCCCAUACAAAGAGAAGGCGUGUGGCUGGCCGGUGGAGAAACCGGGAAAAUGGUGCGAAGGGUGUAAAAGAAUAGAGGGAGGAGAAAUCUGGGCCGCCCACUGCAGGGAAGUAGAGGAGAAAAAAAAAAGGAGGACCCUGCGGGGAAGGAGCAGGAGGAAAAAGCCAAGGCCCAGAGAAAAAGACAGAGGGAAGAGGGGCAGGACGAUAGGGCAAGAAGAGAGGCCCAACGCAAAACCCAAAAGAGAGUGAAGAGACAGAGGAGAAGAGAAGGGAAGGAAAAAAGAGACCCGCGGGCAAACCGCUGGAGGGACUCAGGGAAGGAAAGAAGCCAAAGAAGCCUCCAGGGGCGGAAAAGGCUGGAGGAGAAAAGCGGCCAGCGGAGGAGCCGCUGAUAGACCUCAGAAAAGGGAAGAAGGGGAAGAAGCAGCCAGGAGACCAAGAGGAGGAGAAGGGCAACGCCCUCAAGAAAAGGGGGGCACAGAGCAGCCCCACAGCAGUGAAGAGGAAGCAGCAACGAGAACAAAGAACAAGGCUGAAAGAGAGGAAAGGAGCCAGCACAGAAGUGAAGAAAAAAGAAGAGAAAGGGCGGAGACCUGGCAAAGGGACCGCCGGACGAAAUGAGGCCAAGAAGACCACGAAGGGAACAGAACAGCAAAAAAAAAAGGCCGAAAUGAAGGGGCCGCUUAAGGGGAGGCCCCCCGAUGAAGGGGGAGGCAGUGCAGGAGGGUAAGAGCAAGCGGAACGAGCUCCCCUCGCCUCCUUGGGGUCCCCCGGAGAGGUGGCGGGCGCGGGUCUGGCCUCUCUCUGCGGGGUCGAGUAGGGGCAGUCUCUUAUCUUAAAGAGGGCAACCCUCUUAGGUAAAACGAUUGCAGGGAUGAGAUGGCAUCCCGCCCCACCCGGUCGUUGGGUUUGCAUCAUCAUCAUCGUCAUCGUUUCUCCGUUCAGGCCCCGCUCGUCUGUGGUCAGAUUUUUCACCAUAAUCGGAGAGGUUUGGGGCAGUCUGCCCGGGGUUCUUCGUUCUUGGGUCUUUGCGUGUUGUUAAGUGUUGGACUUUUGACCACGCGGCGCCCCGAGGCUCUCGCGCCGGGUGGGAUUAGUUACAAGGAAGAGAGACACGCCGCCGCCUCUAAAUGGCCAGGCCAUUCCCCACGUGCGCCGCCGUGCGUGCGCAGAUUGUCGGGGGGUUUGAUGGCUUUGUUCGCACUCUUUUGAAGUAUUUCAGCGGGGAACUUUUCGGGGGCUUCGCUGGAAAUGAACAGGCUCCCUCAUUGUUUGCUGUGUUCCGGCCCGCAGGGCCACUCUGGACGAAAAAACUGCAAAGAUUGUCUUCAGGUUUUUUUUCCAAAAAUGGCUUUGCGAGCUGAAACACGGCAAACAGUAGAGGGCUUUACUCAAUUUCUUGGAAUUUUUCAAGAAGGGCCGGGCUUGUUGCCGCUUCAGUUCCAAAGGGCUCGCGUCUCCUCUUUUUGUUGAGUUUCGAUGGUGUAGCGUGCUCGCCGCGCCUCUCGUGCUUCUGCAGGUGGUUGAUUAGAAUGGCGCCAAGUCAGCUAAGAACUGCACAGAGGCGGUCUCUGUUGCCGCCUCCUCGUCUUGAAAGUGCGCCGCUUAGCGGCUUUUGUGACUUGCUUCCUCUUGGUUUUUCUGUCUUUUGGUUUCGUUUCAUGUGAUUCCCCGCGCCCCUCCAGAGUCCACCGCGCCAGCCUGCAAAUGUGUGCUGGGGGAUUCUGGAGGGGCGCGGAGGUUUGGAGGGUGCCCGAUGUUCUUGGCUCGCAACUGGGUGAGGGUUUUCCAGAAGGGAGCGCAGUAGGCGGCGAGUGUUCUGCGGAUUCGUAUCAUGCCCGGAAAGAUUGAGCUUAGUCCGGAUUUUUGCGGUCCUUAGUUGAAUUUUCUCCAUUAUAUGGCUAAGAUUAGGCAAGUUGAGUUCUGCGAUCUCCUUAGUAGCGGCUCCAUAAGGGCAGCCCCCUAAGGAAUCUCCUUAAGGGAUGCUCCUUAAAGGUGUGCCACCACUAAGGAGGGGCACCUAAUGAAGGCUGUGCUUAUAUAUCGAACAAAGAUACGCCAUCGCCCUCGUUUUUUUGAUUUUUUGAGCUUUGCGCACUGAGUGCGUGGCGGUGCUUGGUCGCUGGACGGGGGAUAGCGGCAGGGGCAAACCGUGGGGGCCCACCCUUUGCCUGGAUAUGGUGCCGCUGGAUGAUUUAGACGGCCUGACUCUGAGGAAAGGCGACGUCCCUGAGUUGGUCCAAAAUGGAUGGCAUGGCGAAGGCGUGGCCCUUCUUUAAUCAGACCGCGCGCCGAGCCUCCACCGGCCGCGACUGCUGGGCCACCUCGUAACCACAUCCACCGCCCGGCCAAAUGCCAUGGCGCACCCGGUUCAAAAUAGCCCAAGCAAGCACGGCUUAAAAAAACUGCAAAGCGCUGCGCCAUGGGGGCAAUUUUUCCCCGCAUGGCUCCAGGGGUGACUUUGGAGGGGCUGCGUGUCACAAGUGGAACGCACAGCAAACGCAAAGCAGGGGGCGAGCCUCAGCGCAUGGGCGCCCAGGCCGGGCGCUGGCGUGUGAAGGAAUGGGGUGAAGGACCUGCAAAAAUCUCAAACAGCGGGGCCGCAGGCUAGCGAGCUGAAAGCAGCCAGAUCCUUGCGCGGUCUUCUUUGUGCGCCGUCUCUGCCUGGGGCAAUUGGCUUGGACACAUCCAGGGCGGGAGCGUUUGCCAAGGUUUGCUAGGCUAAUGAGGUGGCAGACUGCUCACACUGCUCCCCCCAGCUCUGCUGACACGCAGCGAGGCCUGUGGCCUCGCGUUGGUCUUGGUGCCACAGGGUGCCUCCGUUGGUUCGUCGUUCAGAGCUGCGGCGGCUUCGCUAGCUUCGCAAGCCAUUGGGCGAGAGUUUAGCCCUUGAGCUUCCUCCAGCUGUUACGUUGGGGCGUUCUCGCUGCUGGUUUUUGCUGAGUUGAGAGACCAGCGGGCUGAGCUGUGUCCACUUGCUGAGGUGGAUCGCCUUGCUUGGAAAUGCCUGGGGAUGGACCUCGGGCGGCUCUCUUCGCUGACCCCCUCAAACACUCCAGCAAAGAAACGAGGACGCCCCGCCCCUUGCUUUCGCGCACUCAGUGGGUGGCAUUCUGUCCCCUGUAGGCUCUCGGGGUUCUCGGCUUGCGGACGUGACUUGCUUCUUUGGCGUUCGCAAAGUUCUACGGGCGCGAAGAAUAUUAUCAAAGGAAGCUAGCUACUGUGCCAAGAGAGAGUGUGCUUUUUUUUGCUUGUUUUCUUUGAAAACAGGGCCCCCCCCUCUACCAGCCUCCCCCACCACUCGUGGCCAACAGCUCGCGGCGGUUUUCUUCAGCUGCCUCCAGCCUUUGGCCAGUUUGAGUGAGGUCGUCUUGGUGACGUGAGGGCCUUGCGCGGGAUCUUCUUCAUGAACCCCCAUCAGUGUGCUUCUUCCUUGGCGCCUGACUCUCGCAAGUGGUCCGCGUGACAAAAUUGCGCGGAGGCGUUGCGCCAGGCCCCAGCGCGCGGGCUGCCUUGCGGCUGAAGCGUCACCAGACCAGGCAAACCCGUUCGCCAUCUUGGCGCGUAUGCAUGAGGGCAGAGCCAUGCCGCAAGCAUCACCAUCGGGAGAGUGCGCGGAGUGUGCAGCAUGGAAACCCGAGAAAACAACAAGAGAACACCACCGCAAAGCGGCGCCAGCUUCUUCCCGUGCCGUUCUGGAGGGGGUGGGGGGUAGCUAGGUGGCGGCGGAGUCGUUCUGCAAGGUGGGCCGAACGCCGUAGAGCUGUCCAAAUUAGUCCUCCCGCGUAGUCCUCCCAGCUAUUAUAAGGGUGGCCCUCUUGCUUUCUUUUGAGUUCGAUGCGCCAUGUCGUGUCAUGUGCCACUUGUCAGGCGCGUGCCACUUCUUUGUCACGUGUGGCCCCCGGAUCGAUCAGUGACCUCUGGAUCGAUCAGGGGUCCACGGACUGAUCGGGACUCCGUGGGCCGAUCAGUGGCCCGCGGAGGUGGAGCGAUCAGUGAUCGGCGGCCCGAUCAUUCGUGGCCCGCGGAUCGAUCAGGGAUCCGCGUCGCGAUCAGGGAUCCCCGGCCCGAUCAGUGGCCCGUGGGUCGAACGGUGGCCUCGGGAUCGAUCAGUGACGUGAUCCAAGGGUCGGCCAGUGAUCUGCGGAGCGAUCCGGGAUCCGUGGGCGGAUCAGAUCAGUGCUCCGCGGAUCGAUCAAGGGCUCGCGGAUCGAUCAAGGCUGCCCGAAUCGAUCGAGCAAGACUCGCGGAUCGGCCACCAUCUGCAAAGGGCGACAGCCUCAAGGCGUUGGGCCUCCUCUACCACUACACCCGAGCCGUUAGCCGCACACGCCUCACGCUCGAGCUACCACCUGCCCGCGCGGGGCACUGCUACCUUCGGCACCCAGCACGCGCGCGCUCAAAUUGGUAUUGGCACGGAGCUGCUGCUAGCUGGCCAAAGCAUCCGAGCCAGCUGCCCAAGGCUCGGCUCUUAAGCUGGCUGGCCGUGGCUUCUAAGGUAGCUGGCCAAAGCUUUUGAGCGAGCUCGCCGCGGCUUCCUUCCAAGCAGCUAGCUGGCUGCAGCUUCUGAGCUAGCUGGCUAUGGGGCCCACUAGCUUACCAGUAAGCUAGCACACUGGUCAGACAAGGCUUGAGAGCUGGCCAGCCAACGCUUCUGAGCUAGCUACCCAAGGCUCCCAAACUGGCUGGCCAUGCCUUCCAAGCUAGCUGGCGGUGGCUUCUGAGCUAGCUCGCCACGGCUUCCAAGCUAGCUGGCCGCGGCUUCUAAGCCAGUCGGCCACGGCAUCAGCUGGCUCUUGAGUGAGCUAGCAGGCUGCAGCUGGCCAAAGUUCCGGGAGCUAGCUGGCCAAGGCUUCGGAACUAGGUAGCUGCGUGAGGCUUCUGAACUAGCUGGCCAAGGCUUCUAAGCUGGCUGGCCAUGGCUUCUGAUCUGAGCUCGUUGGCAGUGGCUUCUGAGCUAGCUCGCCACGGCUCCUCCUGAGCUAGCUCGCCGCGGCUUCUGAGCUAACUCGCCGCGGCUUCUGAGCUAGCUCGUCACGGCUUCCGAUUUAGCUGGCCACCGCUUCUAAGCUAGCCGGCCACGGCAUCCAGCAGCUUCCCAGUAAGCUAGCAGGCUGGCCAAGUCUUCGGAGCUCGCUGGCCAUGGCUUCUGAGCUAGCUGCCCGAGGUUUCUGAGCUAGCUCGCCACGGCUUCCAUUUCCAAGCUGGCUGGGCAUGGAUUCUGAGCUGACUGGCAAUGGUUUCUCCUUCUGAGCUAGCUGGGCUUGAAUUCUGAACUGGCUGGCAAUGGCUUCACCUUCUGAGUUACAUCGCCAUCCAUGGCUCUCAGGCCUUGCGUUGCUGGCUGCGCCUUCUGAGCUAGCUCGCCACGGCUUCCAAGCUAGCUGGCCGCGCCUUUUGAGCACGCUCGCCGUGAUGGCUUCCAAGCUGGCCGGCCGCCAUGGCUUCUGAGGUGGCUCCUGAGUGGCCCCGGCUUCUGAGCUCGCAGGCUGUAAAACCCAUUGCCAAGCUGCUUGGCCUGACAAGCAGGCAAUGCUUCAGAGCUAUCUGGCCAAGGCUCCAGAGCUAGCUGUGCAAGGCUUCGGAGCGAGCUGGCCAAGGCGCUGGCCAAGACUUCCGAGCUGGCACGAGCUUGCUGGCAAUGGCUUCCCUUCUAAGCUAGCUGGCCGCGGCUCGUAAGCCCGCUGGCUUAGCGCUUAGCCAUCAGCGUCACCAGUUUGCUAUCCUUGCAGCUGCCAACUUGCCAGCCUACUUAGCCAGGGCCACCGUCUUGGCCUAGCGACGGCCAGCACGCUGGCUGGGCCAUAGCAGUAGCCAACCUACUAGGUAGCUUAGCCACAGCUGCAGCCAGCUUGCCGGGCUUUCUAGCUUUGACGGGUGGGGUUAGCGGCUUGGUGCGUUGGUAGUGUCAGUCUGUGUCUUAUCCGUCUAGCUGCUAACCUAUGCCCAGUGCAGCUGGCCCUUGAUGGGCCCGCUUUCUAGGCAUGUACUUACAGGACAUUCAUAUCAAAUCCACCACGAGCAUAUUGACAGAGCCAGGCUCAUUUCAUAAGGGUACGCAGGUGCUUUUAAAAGUUGGUAGGCGGGCUCCCCUUCUCACGCGACCCGUGAUGUGGUGGUCGCUGAUUAUUCAGCAAGAAAGAUUAUUGCCUGCACCUUUAUGGCAUGGCGAAGAAAUUUUUUAGCUAAAUUAGGCUAAGAAAGACCUUCUCUGCCUUCAGAGUGGCCAGAUCCAUUAGCUCCUUGAAGCAUUCAAACCGUGCGCAGGGGAAGCCUUUGGCGGUAGUGUGUGACCUCCUUAGGGGUGCCUUAGGGGCUUGAAGUAGCAGCACGGUAGCGCCAGAGGCGGGGGGGGGAGAUGCUGCCGCGUCUCGCGGCGAGCAAGGUCGCGGCCGUCGAAGGGUCCCACGGGUCCCAAGAAGGUACCUCCCGGGCCCGUUUCGCUGCAUAGAAGUGCCGAAACUGCAGCCCAAUUUCUAGUCGUGCCAGCGGGCUACUCUCUUAAAAAGUUAGCAUUUCUGGAGGGGGGUUUAUUGGGGUCCCAAAGUGGGACCGUUUGGGGAAAGGGUUGAAGGUGGUAGCCGGAGGACGUCGCAACUGCGCUCGGCCGUGAGUCCGCAGGCCCCUCCAGCCUGCUUCUCGACCCAACUGCGGACCACCCUGCGAGGCAAGGCCCCACCUCGUCCGUGCGCGCUGAUCUUGCGGCUUUAUUUGCUAGCCCCUUAGCUAGCUGCCUUUGCUUAGCCUUCCCACCAAAACCGGCAAGGAUUUUUUAACUACAAGGAAAGACAUUUUUUAACUAUGCCGUAACCUUCUUCAAAGACAAGAGUCAUCGAUGGCCCUACCUUGUGAGCAGCGUCCGUGCACUUUCUUCAUCUUACACGCGCAAAAAAAUAGAUUCUUGCACCCUCGCCGCAGGAUUUGUUGGAUUUGAUGAGCACUGACCACGAGCUUUGGCGCAUGUUUGACAGACUGACGGACGCCGCCAAGGCAACGGCAAUGAAGACGCAGGUAAGGGCAGGCGAUCACUGUUGUGUAGCAUUAUGGUUUGGGGUGUCGAAUACAUAGAUACAAAGUCUCAUGGCCACUAUCAUGGCAUAUUUUGCAUCAUCAUACGAGGCCCGGAGUUGUGUGUCCGGCGCGGCGGGGUGAAGAGAGGAGAGAAAAACUGCGGGAACGGGGCGGCUGCCACAUGAUCUCGGCAUGCUCGGGCUCGGCUCCGGUUCCCUCGAGAGGGGUUCCCCAGGCGGGCCCCCUGGUCGUGUGUAUUCUCUAGUGGCGGGACUGGGGCUGCACGAGUGAGCGAGCGAGCCUGCGGCGCCUGAGCGACCGGGAGCAGGCUCGCGCUGCGGCCGCCGCUUGGCUUGCGCGAGUGAGCAAGCCAGCGGCCGCCGCCUGUGCGCUCGCGCGCGGGCGAAUCAAUCCCGGCCGCGCGCGACCCCAGCCGCUGCUGCACGGGGCAAGUGGGCAAUCUCCGCGGCGCGAGGGCUAAGCAAUCUUGGUCGCGCGCGAUCCCCGCCUCUGCCGCACUGGGCGAGCGGUCAAUCUUCACUGCGCGAGCGGUCGAUCUCCGCUCUGCGAGCGUUCAGACAGUCUCCGUUACGCGAGCGGCCAGUCUCCGUUGCGCGAGCGGUCAGUCUACGCUGCGUGAGCGGUGAAUCUCUACUGCGUGAGCGGUGCGCGUGAGUAUGUGCUGCGCCCGCGGGUGAGUAUGCGCUUGCCGCGCCCGCCAGCGACCCUGCGCCGGCCCUUCGUCCCACGCGUGGGUCGGCCGCGCGCUCCCGGGUGGUUCUGCGCCCCGCCUGCGGGUUAGUCUGCGACCUGCUUGCGAGUAGGUCAGACAGUGUGUGGCUGACGUGUCCGUGGAUUUUUCUUGUCUGCCUGGCUGUUCUUGCCCGGCUGUCUUUGUCUGGCUUGUCUGGCUGUCCUUGUCUGGGUGUUCUUGUCGGGCUGUCUUUGUCUGGCUGUUCUUGUCUGGCUGUUCUUGUCUGGCUGUUCUUGUCUGGCCGUUCUUGUCUGGCUGUUUUUGUCUGGCUGUCCUUGUCUGGCUGUUCUUGUCUGGCUGUUCUUUUCUCGCUGUCUUUGUCUGGCUUUUCACCUCAGCGGCCUGAUGGCUUUUGGGGGUUCGCUCCAUGCUCUAGCUUUUCCUCGUUUUCAUGUCCGCGCCUUCUAUAGCAAAAAAGCUCGCGCCGCGUCGCCAGGUCUUGCCUCUUCAGCCAAGAAGUGCAUGGCUUGCAAACAGUCUUAGGCCUGGCCAAGUGGUUCGGAAUGAGAAAGGAGACAAGGAGACGAGCCCGCCAGGCGGUGGCCCUAGUCUGUUCUCGAAAUGGUUGAGAAGUAGAGAGAAGAAGUAGAAGAAGGAGGGGCCGGCUUGGGAGAAGUUCGGAGCGUAAUGCGCUUGGGGGUAGAUGGAUUUGCAAGUUGUUUUGUGCCCUCGGGUUCUGAUAACGGGUCGGCGCUUGUUUCUUGUCGCAGGCAGUGCUUGACAGAUGAGGGAAAUUCGUCAAAGAGCUGGAACAGAUACGCACAGCGACCCAACUAAAACCAAGCGGCCUCCAGUCUCCUUCUGAAACACUUGGGCCAUCGGCUUAAGGUCUUGCGGAUUCUUGCAAUUUUACGCAAGGCCUUCAAAGAUGAGCGCGGCCCUCGCGAUUAUCCGUCACCAAUUGCCUGGCUCGCUGCGGCUACCUCUACCGCCAGCCGGUGAGUUUUGUGAAGUGGUGAGUCCCCACCUUCUGCGAGAAGCGGGCUGAGCGGCUUCGCCAGUCUCUUUAUGACCAUGGGUGACAACAUAACACAGACCGUGAAGCUUUCAGGCUUCAGAUGGGGGGACACAAAUGGCUUGGCAUGGCAAUUGGCAAGCGUGAAGAACCAGAGCGAGGGGCAGGGCUUGAGGCUUCGAACAGGCGCCCACGCUUGCCACCCAUGCCACCCGCGGAGCGGACCAAUCAGACCCCUGAAAGCAGACCACCCCCCCAAGCGCCCGGGGCCCUCCGGCGUUGCCUCCCGCCAAGUUCUUGCGUGCUUGUGCUUCGUUCUUCUUGGGCUCAAUCAAUGCUCAACGCACAGCGUACGCGCGUCCUCUGCGUGCUUGGGUGCGCCUGAGGGGCACCUUGCGACGUGUAGCGCGCUCCGCUGCGUUGGUUGCCUUUCUUUCAAUAGCCUCCGCCCAUGGGCGGGGCGCCUUGCUUUCCAAGCGCCGCGCUCUCCAGUCGCCAUCCCUUUGCCGCUAUGUAUUCAAAACCACGCGCCUGACGGACCCGCACGCGGCGGGCGUGCGUCACUCCCCGCCGGCCCGCGCACGUCGGCAGGCGGCUCGGUGCAUGGCUUGGGUGUUUUCUGGUUGGGCAUGGCUUUGGCGCUUUGUUUGUUUCUGGCUGGGCUCACUCUGAUUCUGCUGCAGCCAUCUCGCCGCGUGUUUUUCUUGGAAUUCUGUGUCUGGGGUCACGCAAAUUCUCCAAAACUUGCAUGACAUAACACUACAAAAUCCCAAGAACAAAACCCACUUUACGACGGACAGCUGACCGCGCGCGUACGACUUGGCCCCGCGCUUGUUGAGCCGCAGACUGACCGCUCCCUCCGCCCGCCAGGCAACUCCCUUGCCAUUUUCUAAGUGUAUGGUAAGGGUUUGAGUCAUCUGAAAGCCACGACCCCGCCUUCUCGUCACUAAGUAACCGCCACUCCUGAGGCGGUUGGCUGGGCGGCUUUGUGGCUAUUCGUCUCGUGCCUUUCUUUGUUAUUGUUUCGGGGCGCCCUUUCUGCUUGGGGCAUAUUGGACUGCCCCAGCUAUACCACCCACACGCCAAGACUGCUACUGAUUCGCUGCACCUUAAUAAUGACAAUAACGGCGCGGGCGCGCCAAGUGAAGUCGGCCACCUCCAAGGCGCUAAGCCCCGCAUCUUUUCAGGUGAUCGCCCAGGCCAUUUAAUGCGAGGCAUUCACGAGGAAGAGAAAAGCUGUCACAUGCCUGCACCUUCGUCGGCUUGUAUGGGUCGCGCAAUUUGUUUCCAGCUGAAGAAACGCGCAAAGCCUCUGGCAGGUUCCUUCAGUUUUGUUCGCAGAGCUGCGCCCAGCUGUAUAGCGUAGAGAGUUGGGAGGGCUGGGCGACUAUUAAAAACCAAAGGCCAUCCCCAUCCGCCCGCACAGUCCCCCUCGAAAAAAAAGACUAAAGCUCGCUGCGCUGCGUCACUCUACGGCGUGAGCCUGUGCAUCUCCUGGGGGCACUUUCCUUCGCCAGCGCUUUGCCUUGGUGUUUCGGCCGCCCUCAAUAUUCUUGCCUUGCCUCCGUCGUUGCGUUUACUUUGUCGCUCUAUCUUCUAACUUGUGCAAGCGUCCAGGCAUGUCGCGGCCAUCUCGCUAGCAUUAGCAGGCGCCCUCGCUUUGUUUCUGCGUCGCUUUUGUUGUUGUUCUGGCGCUGCUAUGGAAACAAGGGAGAGGCGGGGCCAAUCCCUCCCCGCCUGUUCGUUGGGCGCAUCAAGUCAAGGCAAGCCAGGCGCCGCCCUUGUUUGUUCUUCUCUCUCUAUCUCUCUCACAGUCUUCCCUCUAGGUCACUGCUGAGGCGAUGCGCGCCAAGCUUACGCGCUGAAUUAAUUUUAUGGCCGCGGCGCUCUCUCGGUCAUGAGCUUCCGGCUUUUUGCUUCUGCUUCGCUAACGUCUCAGGUGCGCUGUUUCUCCGGGCCUUGUAAUGUAGCCCCACGCCGGGGGACGCCGCUGGCUGGGGGCUCACUGUCACACGAGCUGCCUUGAGGCUCUUGCUGCGUCAUUCAACCUCAUGCGCGCACAAAUCACCGCAGGCAGGCAAGGCCCGGCCCCUGCUGCGUCACGCUGCUCCAGACAUAGGCUCCCGCCUGAAGUUGUAGCCGCUUCGCGCUCUUCUGGGCGCUCUCUUUGGCCUUUCGCGUGCCACAGUUCUGGGCGUCGCUUGAGGCGUCACGCGUCAUGCGGGAGCCUUGGGGCAUUCGUUUGGCCUUACGGGGGGGCCCCCUCUAUGAAUGGCGCCGGCCAGAUUGGCUCACUGGGUAAGUGCUUGCACCCCGCUCCGGAGAGUCUCUGGCCUGAAUCUUGGAAGGGACUCCCCCAACUGGCAGGAAGGUGGCGCGUCAGGCCGGUCGCCGCCCCACACCCAGGGGACUCGGCCGCUGCGCCAGACAGUGCGGGGGGAUGAGACCUUGGGGAGCCCCUCGAGCAGCUGGCGGCACGUCGCCCACGCGGUCCAUCGUGUGGGGAGCCUUUGGCCUUAGCUGGUGGACGGCACUCGCCUGCCGAGUAGCUGGGUCGGGUGAUGCAUAAACACAAGGGGCGCCACCUGGGCAAAUUCCGUGGCUGUUUUUGUCGGUCUUUCAUUGUUAUUCUUUGAGAUUCUCCCGCCCCCUUCGCAUGCUGGAGGUUGCUCCGCGUGGGUGCUUUCUGUUUCGGGCGGUCGGCUGGGCUUGCUAUGGUUGUCUGACUGUCGUGAAGGGUCGCCUUUGUUUCGCUUUCGUUGUUGGAUGGUCUGCAAGUUUGCUGGGCUUGUCUUCGGGGAGCGAUGGCUCGUAGUGUCAGGCCGGGUCGUGCGUCGGGGCGUGCUGCUGGGGAUGUUGCGCCUGGUGAGUGUAGUGCGGCUUUGCCGCUUGGGCGUUUCGCUUGCCUUGCAUUCCUCCCCCGGGAGCGCCGGGCGGCCAGGGCGACCGGUAGGCUUGGCCCUUCUUUUUGGCGGGAGGGAGCUGGCGCCACUGAGGACACUGCGCAUCAGACUUUUGGGUGGGCGGGCUGCUGCGCUUUGAAUAUUGUGGCAUGUCGCAGGGCAUUUGUUUGGGUGUGUUUGUUAACGUGAGGUAAGGGGUGGCGCUAUGUUUCACCUCUAGCCACACCCACAAGCGUGGUCGUGUGAACACAUGAAAGGCUGCCGUGAUACCGGCAGGCGGUCCGGGUGUGCGGCGCAAAUAACCGCGGGCAUGCGAUAUAGAUGGCCGGGGUGUGUUAGCCUUAGGGCCGGCUCCCUUUUUGAAGAAUGCACUUUCUUAGCGCGCAGUCUGGGAGAGUCACGACAAGAGACAAGCGAAGAAGCACAACAGAAACACGACACGAAAAACGGGAGCCGAGCGGGGCCUUCUUGGAGACGCUACCCACCUCAGAAGACCACGCGCGGGGGCGGGGGAAGGCGGGACCGCCAAGCCAGGAGGCCCUCGGGUUUUUUGAUUGGUUUCGUGUUCGUGUGGUCUUAGGGUUUAGGGCUUUGCGGUCGGUUUUCUGUUCUUGUGGUUUUGGGGUUUAGGCUUUUUGUGUCGGUUUCUUGUUCGUGUGGUUUCAGGGUUUAGGCUUUUUGUGUCGGUUUCUUGUCUUUGUUGUUUUAGGGUUUAGGCCUUUUGCGUCGGUUUCUUAUUCGUGUGGCCUUCGGGUUUAGGCUUUUGGUGUCGGUUUCCUCUUCGCGUGGUUUUAGGGUUUAGGCUUUUCGUGUCGGUUUUCUGUCCGUCUGUUUUAGGGUUUAGGGGCAACGCCUUAGGGCUUAGGGCUUUUGGGCGGGUUCCGGGGUCUCAGGGCUUGCCCCGCCCUCACCUAGGCACCGUUUUGGCAGUCUCCUUUGGUGCUGCUUGCGGCAGGGUGCGGAUUUCGGAAGAGUUGGCGCUUAUUUUCAAAAAAAAAAACUCCGGAAAGCGCAACACUUUCGAACAAUAGACACCCACAGGCGCACCCCUCUGCCCACCCCCUUGGCGUUUUGGCUUGGUCUUUUGCCGCUUGCGGCAGGGUGUGGAUUUUGGAAAAUUCAGCGCGGAUUUUCCAAGUUUUUCCUUCCCAGAGAGCUCCUCCGCAAACGAGAAGCCCACCAGCCAGCCUUGGCCGUGAGCUCUAACUAUCUCAGACGUACGGUCGGGAGCUCUUUGGCUUUUUUUCCCAAAAUUUUUACGGAUUUUCGAUCUUUUGCCAGGUUUGCGACAUCAGAAAUUUACUGCACAAACAAAGCAAGAGGGCGGGGGGCACUCGCGCGAGAGCUUGCAGCACCUAACAGCUAGGGCUGGGGGGGCUCUCUGAGUGGGGGCAAAUUUUAGGGAGGGCUGUCGCGGGUUUUUUUGCUUUGGCUUCGCUCGUGGCUCUCUUGGGGCCGGCACCCCCCGCAGGGGGGAGCCGUGCACCAUGCUGGGCGGGCUCGCGUUCACUUUCUGCACAUUCACAGGGCUCGCGGAAGGCGGUGCCACUGCUGCCAGCACGCCCCGGCAUGCUUGCCGCCGUCGUGGUUUUCGUGGUCUUCCAAGGCUGCCCCACAACAGCGCCGGGCGCUUGCGCGGAUUGCCGUGGCGGUUGAGAGCGUCCCACCCUGUGGACCCGCAACCACAGCAGCGGGCCCCCAUCCAUGCGAUGCCCCUGGGGCGAAGGUCGUCUGGACGCCUCGGCCACCUUGCCCCUGAGAGAGUGUGCUAGGCAGCGGGCGUGGGCGGGUGCCGGGCCCAUGGCCUUAGAUAGAAUGCCCACGACCCUCGAGAGAGAGCGCGACCGCCUCAAACACCAGAACAACCAAAAACAUGACAGACAGCCGAAAACGGCACAGCCAAAAGCGGGGCAGCCAAAGGGAGGCGGGAAAGCCAAAAGCAGGACAGCCAAAAACGAAACCGACAAAAACAAAGCAGAGGGCUUGCCUUUCUGCCAUUCUUAGAGGGGUUUGGGGGUUGUUGAAACAUGUCCAAAAAAGGCUUGCUUCCCCGUUUUUGGGUGCCGGUUCCGUUUUGAGCGGUGGCCCCGUUUUUGGCUGUCCCGUUUUUGGCUGCCUUGUUUUUGGCCGUCUUGUUUUUGGCAGUCUUGUUUUUGGCUGUCUUGUUUUUGGCCGUCUUGUCUUUGGCUGUCCCGUUUUUGGGUGUCCCGUUUUUGGCUGUCGUGCUUUCAAAAAGCCUCCCUGUCUGCUUGGGCCAGCGGCCGCGCGCCGACUGGCGCUGGUGGUGCUGGCGGCCAGGUCCCCCCCGCGCUGUGGCGGUGCACUUUGGAAGACCACGAGCACCACGACGACGGCGCCGAGAGGCUGCGCGAGGCGCUGGCGUUACCUGCAGCGAGCACUCUGACGAUGCUGAAAGAAAACGCAAAUCCUUCUGGUAUGAUGCGCGGCUCCCCUUUGCGGGGGGUGCCGACCUGCAGCGCCCCGCCAUCUCCCUCGGGCGCCCGUCAUUGUUUUGGAGUCUUUCUCGCCCGUUGGGUCGCCGUUGGCGGCCGGUGGAGGCGGUGGUUGUUGCUGGUGGUUACUGCUGCUUUUGGCGUUGGUUCCUCCGUAAGGUAAACUGGUGAGGCGAAUGACCCCUAGAAAAUCAAGCAAACGCCGGCCAUGUGCGCAGCAGUUGCGCUGUCAGCGUGCACCUGCGUGCGGCACAAGGUGGCCCGCUAGGUUGCGGGCCGCGUUCGGUUCGUUUGGUUGCAGUUUUCUGCCCCUCUUUGAAGGGGUUGCUUAGUUAAGAGCUGGGAGGCUGUCUGCCCCUCUCCAAGAGGUUUCCGCACCGCGGGGGGCCGACAGUAUGAGGGGCUGGCCCUGGCUUGUCUGUCGUCUCUGGUGUGUGAGGGAGGCCGAGUCGAGCUCUACUCGCUGAGGGGUCCCAUCGGCGUCGCGAGUGGCCGACUCGUCGAGAGAUCGAUCGCGACACACCUCGACGGGGGGAUCCACGUCGACCGCCUGCGGGAUCUGUAGCCGGAGCGACUCGGCGAGGGAUCGGGUAAUCUGUCAAGAGAUCGGUAGGGAGUUCAACUGGCAGCCUAACGGCCGCCGAGCGGACAGGCCGCGAGAUGGAGCGACGGGUCGCGAGGUCGGCAGCUCGGCCCGUCGACUUGCCGAGGGUGUCUGUCUCAGUCGGCGCCGCGUCUGCGGGUAGCAGAUCUGUCUCAGUCUGCCUUGCGCAUUCUGCUCAGCGUUGCGCUUGCGAGCGAGUCUGGCCUGGGCUACGCCCGUGAGCGAGGCUAGCUGCUCGGCGUGCUCGAUGAGUGUUGUGCUUGCGGGCAAGUCCGUCCCGGACUCGGUCUGCUCGGCAUUUUGCCCGUGCCCGAGCCUGCCUCGGGCUGCGCUGUGCCCGCGAGCGAGCGAGUCUACUUAUCUCAGUGGGUGUUUCGCCGGGAGGCGCGUCGGUCUCACCUUGUUCAGGCAGUGUUGUGUGGCUUUGUGUUGUCUCCGUCUGCAGGUAUUGCGCUGACAGGUCCGCCUGGCCUUUCGUGUCGGUCUGCGUGGUGCCAGCGACGAGUCUGCCAAAUUUAAUAACCUUGUCUGAGUCUGUCUGUGUCUGCGCUCGCGAGCGAGCCGGCCCCAGUCUAGCUCUUCCGCCGCGCGAGUGUGUGGGCCUCUCUGUGUCCCAGUCGGCGCUGCGUGAGUGAGUCUGCCAGCCAGUCAGCCUGCGCCGCGUGGGUGAGUCUGUUAGUGUCAGUUUGCGUUGCGCGAGCACGAGCAGGGAAGCCGCGCCGCGUGAGCCGUAAUCAUUUAGCCACCUGACAGCCUGUAUGCUGGUGGAAUGGGUGUGGUGUGUGAUGGGUGGCCCCGUCUCCUUGGGAGCUAUUCUCCCUUGGCAGUCCAAGCUAGGUUCUACCUUUACAAGCGUCGAAAAAAUUGCGAGGAGGACAAUGACAGGGGCUUUCUUUCCCUUUUCGCGUAAUAGACAAUGAACGGCGCGAAACAGGACUAAGUAGGCGGGGCAGGACUAGUAGAGUCAGGGCGUCAACAUCGAGAGGCACUUAUCGUGAGCCCGAAGACGGUAAUUAACAUUCCAGCAGGCUUGUCACAUAGGUUGUUGCGUCCCUCCUAAAGAGCUAGGUAGACGGGCCGCGGUGCGCUGCUUUUCUAGGUGAAGGGCGCCGCGAGGUCGCGGUCGUGGCUCCGAAGCAUCCAGGUAUCGGCCACGGCCACCAAUCCAUGGCGCCUUGGCCCUAGAAAAGCAGGGCCAGCCAGGUUCCCUCAUUUUAGGACGUGAGCGCAAAAACUCAAAGACAAAAGUGAACGCCAGAGUUCAGGUUCGCGCCAAAUGCUCACAAAUUAAUAUGCUCCAGCGCGCUUCCCCUUUCGUCUACUUGCUUCCGUGAGCAUCGAAGGCUUUUCUCAUGUACUCGAACAGGGGCACACUGACGGGCACGUGUAUGACGAAGAGCUUCAAGCGAUUUUUGCAGUGUUGCUCUCGCUCAGAUCCCAGGUUAUGUCGGUCCAGAAAGUAUGUCUGUACUUUGACAACCUCGGAAAGGGAAGAACGGUACUUCUACCACCAUGCGGCAAUGGUUCGGAUGAAUGUUUCCACUGCUUCGUUGUAUUUUAUUGGUGCCAAGUUGAGGAUGGACGUAGAGGCUGUAUGGUUCUGGUAUUUGGUAACCUGAAUUUGAUGCUAAGGGUUCUCUUCUUGUUUUCCCUUAGGAUCAAACUCAGGCUACCAAAUACCGGAGCCAAACAGAGGUAGACUGCUGGCCUGCCUCAGUCUAUAGAUACAGUCAUGGCGGAUUUUUCGACUAACACUGCUGAGGGCGGCGUGCCCGUCGGUAGAAGCCGAGAUAUGCUAGCUUAGUUGUUCACUUUCUCGUUUAUACGAUCCCAGCCAGGUGGCUAUGACUGUAUUCUGAUGAUAUGAACCACACAGGACGAAGACGAUAGGAGCCUGAGUAAGUGGCUGUGUCCGUCGUUGGUGAUGAUUGACGAGGCACGCACGAGCAUCAUAAUGCGCUGCAGAAGAUACGUGGACGCGAGGCCAGCGCUGGUAUUACUUUUUGCAUGUAUCUGCAUUUAGUGCGUAUUCAAUUCCUUGCAGUGGUUCUACAAGUCAUUGCCUCAUGCUCGUUGGGUGAGCACACUCCUGACAGCGUUGCUGAUGGGCGCAGGGCGUCUACAUGGGCGAGAGUGCUGGGGAUAGACUGAGCCAACGGCUAGCAGAUGUAAGCUAAAAGCUCAGUACUCGCUUCGGGUGAGCUAGCUUCGCUCUAGUGCCGUAGCAUGCAUUGGGCUUGGGGUGCGUGCAACGAAGACUCAACUGACAGACAGCGAAACUAACAAGGGGAAGAAAACCAGCGUGCAGGGCUGCCGAGGUGAUCUGCUGCAGGCGGAGUCCAAGCGUGAGAGGAAGGCGGGCUGGCCAAGGACAACUCACCAACAACGCGCCCCAAAUCGUGCUGGCACAAAGGCAACCCUCUCAGCACCGCGGACAGGAUCCACCCAAAAGGGAGACGGAUGAAGCCGAACCAAACAAAGAACGCGGGCGCGGCUGCGGGCAGCAAGUGCACAAGGGCCAUGCUGGGAGAGAAUUGAAAGCGGCUGGACCGGUCGCACGCGCCUCCGCGGCGCUCGAUUGAAUUCGGAAACCGGGCCAAGACUGGACGGGAGGGUGGGGAAAAGGCCGCAGCAAGCCCUCGGUCGCGGUACUUGGCGAAGAUUCGCGCUUUUGUUUUAUUCCACUCUUCGGGGGCGUCGGUCGGACAUCGUGAAAGAUAACAAGCAGAAAGCCACUCGCUUCGCGAUCGGGUGCACGGGCUCCGCAUGCUUUGGCUCCGUAGAAUUGGCACGGAGGGAAGCGCCACCCAAGUCAGCGACGGACAGCGGGAGGGGAGAUGGGCCAACCAAUAGGCAGGGGCGCUGAGGUGAAAGAACAGCGGCAGGCGGAUCAGUCACCGAGCGCCAAGCGUGAAGAGGGGGAACAAGGUCGGCGCGCCCGCUGCGCUGAGGGCGUCAACUAUCAGCCCAGCUGACAGAGGGCAUCGUGUCCCAAGCCGUGCCGGCUUGCAGGCAUGAAGGCAACCCGAACCAACGCAGGCUGAGCACGCACUGACUCCCGCCCCCCAAACGCUGCCGGCGCGCCUUAAUAGCAAAAAUCUUGCCACGGCCCCGGCCUGCCGUCCAGAAGAAGAGGGAGGGGGGAGGCCUACCUGAUCGAUGGAUGCCACUCUGCAACCAAGGGGGCAGGAAGGGUGUUCUGCAAUACUCCCACACCUGACAGAGGAGCGCGCAGGGACAGGCCCUCAGGGACAGCGCAAGCGCGCCUGGGGGUGACAUCGAAGAGAGGCGCGCCCGCCUCGUGUUGGGGCGUGGGAUGCAAAGAGAAAAGGAGGCAAGGCAAACCCCCGGAAAAUCUUUCGGCAAGGCCAGCCAUUGGGGUCGGGCGGCUGUGGCUUUCUCGUGGGAGUGGGCUCGCCGCUUGCUUGGAGACCUGGGUGGCUUCGUCUUUCGGGUGGGCCGCGAAGUAGGAAACGAGAAAAGGCACUGACCAAGAAACCGCUAGAAACAGAAAAAAACUAAAAGUGCCCUCAACCGUUAACCCAACACCGCGCCCCUUAUUAAGAGCGGGGCGCAGGCCCCACUGUAAUAGGAAGACCACGAGAGCGCUCCAGGCGCUUGCUUCUAGAGCAAGCGGAUGCCUUCCCCCGGUCCCACCUGAUGGUCGUCGGACCCUGGGGAGCGGCCUCCCGGACUCCUUGCCUCGGUGGGCUUGGCGCUCCCCAUAGCAGUGAGAGGCGGCCAUCUUUGUCGCACCUUGGUCAGAAAGACCGGGACCAUCCAACCAAGGACGCGGCACUGGAGCAGAGGCGUCGGCCUCUGCCUCGGGGUGUCCCUUGCCGUGGUGCAUCGGCUGAAGGUGGCAGCCAGCCUCCCCUUGAACGUCCUCGAAAAGGGUGCGCGAAAAAAAUUUUUUGGGCACCAAAGGGGGCCAGCCCCUUGACCUCCUCUUUUUUCAUUCUAGCGCUUCGGACGCGACUAGCAUCUCCAUUCUAGCGCUUCGGGUGACCCCCGUUGCGCCACCCCCUUUGGCCCCAUUGAUUCUAGCGCUUCGGACGGGGCUCGAAUGGAAGCGCCUAGCCGCCCGCCAGAGCGCCGCAGGCAUGCGGGCAGGCGCUACUAACUGCCUGACGAUCUCUCUGCCAAUGCGUUGCCAAGUGUUCGCAAUGUGUGAGUUGGUACAUUCUUGGAGACUCCAGACGCAUCGAUUGCGGGGGCCCUCCCAUUUCUUGGGCGCCCUCCCUCCGGUGUUCGGGUCCUCUUGCUGGUCGGUUGGCGCUGGCAAAGCGUUGGGGCUUGCCGGUAGAGCGGGGCAAGCUCGUGCGCAGUGGCCCUUGGCCCGCGCGUGGGGCAGGGGGAACUCAGAAACGCAGCAGAGGCGGCUCCGCCUGAGUGAUCGGAUCGUGCUGCAGCGCGCAGGGCGAGUCUCAAAGUGCAUUUUUAGCUUAUUUCUGAUUCUAGCGCUUUUCCCUUUAGUAAAGGGGCUACGCGAUGGCGUGGCAUGCGAUAGCUGGCACCCCCCAGGAACGGCGCUCGCGGUAGAGAUAGGAGGCUCCGUUAGGGGCCGCCCUACUCUACAAGGCUUCGGCGGUCUCGUUGAGGUGGGGAGCUGCAAACAAAGACGGAAAAAGGGGCCUACCGUCUAGGCGAUGGCGGGUGCCUUCAAGAACCACACUGCCAGCCUAGCUUGAGUUUGAGACCCCCUCAAAGAAAAGCCGUUCUUCGGGGGGGAUCUAGCUAGGCGGCUGCCCUCGGGAGAGCCGAAAAGGCGGCGAGGGUGGGGGCUAUGGUGGAGGCUUUCUCGGCUUACGCCAUAAGAAGCGGAGAAGAACGGCCCGCGAGCUUAGGCCCGCCGGCGCGCACGCUCAGCAGGCACUCCAUGACGCCACUACAAGGGUGGCAACAAGCGGCGAUCCCUCUCAGGAGCAACACCGGGACUGCACAUGAGGCGGCCUCAGCCUCCAGCCUUUGGGAUCGGGUCGGGCCUAGUCAUAGGACGAGAUAGAUGAGUCUGGAACCGUCUCCCUGACACCCCUCGGGGAUUUGCGACCAGUACUUAUGAUCUUUACCGCAAGGACCGACGCGUGAGAUAGAUCGUUGACCAAUCUCGGCACAAGGCCCCGCGAAAGACCCGACGCCAGCUCUUGCUCGCGGACUUUCGCCCAGAUGAUUAGCUAACGCGUAGACGCAGUGGCAUUGGCUGCAGUUCGUCACUUUUCUUAGGGUCGGGCGUCUGUUGCGGCCAGGAGAGCAUCAAAGUUAGAUAAUUCAUAAGGUAGCCCAAUGGCUACGGUUUGGAUGAUGCUCCUCAUCAUCCUCAGCGAUGUCGCCCCUGUCUUGUGAACUAGUGCUAAUCUGCACAAGCACAGGAUAAACCUGAGAAGAAAAAAUAUUUGGUUUCUGUUGUUGUUGUUAAGUACGAAGAUCCCUGGGGCUUAGUGCCUUUCAUCUGCCUAAGCUAACUAGAUCCGGGCCAACUAUUUAACUCAUCAACUUGAUACUUGCUGCACACGUUUAAGACCUUAAGACUUUGAUCUUGUUGCUGUUGUUGAUGAUGUUGCUGAUCCUGAUGGGGUUGAUCUUCGUGCUGCUGUCGUUAUGAUUUUCUUGCUCCUGUUGUUUCCUUGAUCAUGAUGCUCGUAAAUCUUUAAGCUGUUGAUUUCCGUACUGGUAGGAUGAUCCUCAUGCUCAUGCUUGAGAUGAUUCAUAGUUUGGGGAUCGACGUUCCCCCCCUCAAACGCAAACUGAACGAUGCGCAACGGGUUAGAGGUAACGCCCUCCACCAAACUGAAGCGACCGAGCAGAAAACGAAAGAAGGAAAAAAAAACAAUCCUACCAAGGCUAGAUACUCUAAACUUUACACUUUGUCGAGUCAGUGAGUACACUUAGCCAGUGGCUUAAGGUAAAGCUUAAGUAGUUCACUUUUGUGGUUUUACUUCUUUGCUUGUCGUCAGUAGUUUCUUGCUUUUAUUGCUUUAGCUGUUUAGUUAUAUCUUCAUUAAUUAUUUUUGGCGUUUCGUACUGUGUGGCUCUUGCUGUUAGCUAAGUAAUACGGACUAAGCUAGGAAAAUGUAGUAGCAAAACUUAACUUUUGAGAAAGUGGGAAGUAUUAUAAUACAAGCGCGGAUGAUGUUGCUGAAGAUGUUAAACUUGGCAAAAGAUGGAGUUUGUUGCGUGUGAUUUGAAUGACUUUGAAGAUGUAAGACAUGCCUUCCUAGUAUGGAACGGCAUAGGCCAGAAAACAAUAAGUAGGAAGGUUAGCAUCUCUCUUCAUGUUUUGAACAUGGAAGAUGUUUUUGUAAAGCAGGCCAUUGGUCGAACUCUUAGUCAAACCGUCACUCCUCUGCGUGCCCGUUGGAACGUAACAAAGACGCUGCGCGUCGUCCCGCACUUGCAUGUAGCGUAGGGCUACGUGCCUACUCUUUUUAGGUACGUCACUAAGGUUGGUUUUCUUUAAGCUAAUUAUAGCACUACGACUAUCACGGUACAGAGGUCCUUUAUCCUUGUCUCCUUCUCCUGUUUCUGGUACACCUCGAAGAAAGCGGCGAACUGCAUGGAUGUCUUCCGAGACUUUGAGAAGGUCCGACUGGGCCACAAUUUCGGACUCGCACGUAGAUCCACUUCGUACCGUCUGGGCCGUGGAUUUCCACACAACUGGACAGCCAUAGUUUAGUAGUAGACGACUACACCGGGAACCGAUUUGAAUUCGAGCGUAGAAGCAAAACUUGCAUCGCCAAAACUCUGGAUGGGGUGAAAAGACUUCGGCUCGAACUUCUUCUCCUGUUCAGUCAUUUCGUUGAUCUGAAUAUUCUCCGGAUGGCGAUAGAGGUCCUUGAAAGGGUUCUGGAACUCCUGUUCUUGCUGGGGACUAUAAACUAAUCCUUCGCCCAAAGAUCCCUUGACGUAUCGUAGUACACGCUUACACGCUGCAGCGAUUGCUUUGGUUGGCGGACGGUUUGCCGCACGCGCUAGACAAUUCGCCACUUGAGCUAAAUCGGGUCUGGCCACCGUAGCUGCCCACUGUAGGGAGCCGGUUACCUGCCGAGUGUUGAACUCGAUCUGAGGCGAAUCUUGGUAAAGUAAGAAGUGCUUCGUCGAAGGCUGGAGUCGGUAAGCUGCUGCAAUUCUCCAUACCCAACGUCUUGAGCAUCUUCUUGAGGUAAGCCUCCACCGUGAUCUUCGCCGACUUCUUUUGGGCAUAAUUGUAGAAAACGCCUGCCCCAAGCAUGUCAAAGCGAAGCCAAGUGCCAUCCUUAUCGGUAACUUCAUCCAUUUUAAUCUUGGAUAACGGGUGUAGAGCGUGUAGCUUAUCGAUCAAAUCGUUAGGAAGCUCCUUGUCCUUCGCGGCUAGAAUGCAAUCAUCCACAUAAACACUCAGCAUCGCAAUGAGUUCACCAGAAGAAUCGCGCAUAGUCCAAAUGCCGGGGUUGAGUAAGCUCUCCUCGAAACCCAUCUCCUGUAGGUCCUUGGCGUGCUGUUUCUGCCAUAAGCGAGGUGACAUCGGUAACCCAUAAAGCGCCCGAAGUAAACUCCUAGCGCCAUGGUCUUCCUGUCCAUCGCGCCACUGUUUCGGCAGAGAGAUUAGAACUGUGCGAUCUAUAGAAGCUCGAGUGGACGCAUUUCCGACGUCAUACGGGAUAAUGUCCCAUCCUCGACGUGCUGCUUCGAUAAGAGCAAGACGAUUGCCAACUUGUGAAACCGUCGGACUGUAUAACUCUUGAUAGCCACCAGGAUCCCAUCGGUCACCUAGAACGACUAGCCGAGCUUUGAAUCUACUGUCCCGUUUGCGGUUAUACAGAAUCGCAAUCGCCGUCGGGGUUGCCUUGAGGCGUCCUUCCAUCCAGUCUUUUUCCUCGUCCUCGCUUAGUUUCCUCCAACAGCGAUACGCUUCCAGCUUCGUCCUUUCCAAGUCAUCCGCUUCUAUCCACUUCUGGUAGUGAGGGCUUUGCGGAUUCAUGGCGACCUUAGGUGGAACCGAUCCUAUGAAACCAUCUUCAUCCUGUGCAGCUAGCAUGAUUCCAGCACCAAGAAGCUCGCCUUUUUCUUUUUCUAGCUGACGACAAGCUUCCUGCGUAGCCACGUACGAUGCUGCGAAUUGUAGCUGGUCCAGAAUGAAAACAGCAGUAGCUAACGUAGCGGAAGCGUUCUUGCUCUUCUUCCACCGAGGUUUCUUAAACCUGUGCUGCGGCAUAGUGAUCGGCGUCGUCUGGUAUGCGUCACAACGUUCUAGCGGAGCUGACUUCUGCGCGCUACUAGAUGCUAAAGAAGGUGCUGGAGGGAUGUACUGCGGAACAUCUUUACUGGAGGCAGACUUCUCUCUACUAGAUUCUUGCGGUACAGAACGAUCUUGGUCGUCUGCUGCUAUUGCUGGACCGUAUGCUAUCUUCGUAACUGCUCCAAAGGUCGCUACUUUUCUGAACUUAUUUUGAGCUUUUUCCUCGGUCGUGGUUGACUUACUUCUUUUAAAUCGGGCUGGUUCCUUUUUAACUGGAUCCCAUGCCUCGAUCUGUCCCGCGGUAACAGGCUCCUUGCCUUUAGUUUCAGGCUCCCAGAUCGAUGACUAGCUCGCACUUAGAACCCUUCAAGCUGCCACACUUUUCCCCAAGCACGCCCGUCUGCGACAAGGGUCGAGAACGAAGGAUCAUACUCCGGCAUGCGAGCGGACGAAUCAUCUUCCAACUUAGUAAUCUCCGGAACCUGGAGCAAGGCCGCGAUCUUAGCGACCAAUAUACUCUCAUGGAAUUGCACAUCGAUCGCUUCGUAGACGUUGAACUUAAGACCCGUCUUGGUCCUGCCGUCAGAAACAAUCCCUCCUACUAUCCAAGCGGAGUUGACCGAACUGAAACCCAAAAACGCCCCUGGCUUGCGCCGGUCUGCAAAGACUUUCGUAGGAGUAGGGUGGACCUUGAAGAACACUAGACAACCGAAGCGGCGCCUGUGUUUAAGUUUUCCUUCUGCAGGUCUCAUCGUCGUGAUUGGGUCCUCUGAAAAAUUCGAGAGGAUCUCCAGAGGGCUAGCUUUUACCGCGCGCCGACGCCCUGAGUUGCUUUGCUCGUUGGACUUCGAGUUGCCCCCAGUAAGCGCCAAGCGUUUCUUUCUUCCGUCACUGAUAAUUUUCUGUGGGAUUCGCUUCAUGUCCCUGGGGAUCAUGUUAUAAAUUAUUAUUAGGUACUCAAGGCACCAGCACCACAAUCGUAAGCCGACGCCGGCCAUGCUGGCUCGCAAGUUCGACUUUAAUGUCCCCACUAACCUUUCUACGACGGAGUUGCCUUGUGGCUUAUAAGGAAUACUGUGAAGCCCGUUCAGUUGUAGUCUGCUUGCUGUCGAUCGCCACUCGGUGGAGCGGGGUGCGUUUUCGUUGUCCGACCUGAUACCUGCAGCGAUGAUCUUCCCACUUGGAGUCAUGUUCGUGCUUUUCGCGCCCAACUUCGUUCGAAGGUCCCCUAUGAUCUCCUUCAGAACUUUCGGGGCCAAAUCUUUCGAAGAAAUUCCUCGACCAACUGCGUACUCGGAUGCGUCGUCAACAAAUAUCCAAGCUAAUCGCGCUCCUCUGAUGGAAGUUGGUUCUACUGGACCGAAGAAGUCGCACGCUGUUACCAAAAAUGGCGGAUUAUGGAACUCUGCAGGUCGUUCCUUCUUGUGACUCACAGCUUUCGCCUUUUGCGUCGAGCAGUGCGGGCAGUCGACUUUGCCGCGCCUCUCGUCAUACAGAUGGCAACUGCGAAGGUGCUCGAGAUACCGUUCUCGCUCAGACAGUUUACGCGUUAAGAGUGCUUCGAUGGGAGGCUGAUUGAUGGCGCAAUCUGUAGUCUCUACUUCUGGACAGAAAAGCCCAUCCUCAGAAUAGCACUCGUCGAUUACAAACGAGCUACUUGCAGUAUUGUCUUCGAAGCGCAGAUCUUGCAAAUAUGGCAAGCCUCCUGCGGAUUUCUGCAAAUUCACCCGGGGCACACGAAGAUACUUGUGCUCUAAGUGAGAACCUUCCGGAACCGCUCCGAGUACUACUCUCCAUCCGGCUGAGUUCAGACCGCCGACGCUUAUCAGUCGGUCUCCAGGUAAAUCCUUGGCAAAAGUCGCUUUUAACUGACUGCCGAGCACGUUCGGCUUGAGGGUGCCGAAUCGGCCUGGAACAAUACCGCCAACGCCUUGAAUCUUGGCUCUGGACUCUUCCUCGAGUGUGUCGAGGUCCGACUCGAUUCGAGAGAUGUGAAACUUUGACCCGGAGUCGAUGGUCGCUCCAUUGGAAAACUGACCUUGUAAAAACACUUCAAAACCAUCUUCAACUUCUUCAAGUGCUGGCGUUAAAUCCAUCUUCGACUUCAUUUUCAUCUUCAUCUUCUUCAUCCUUUGCUUGCGCUGUUGCUCCCGUUUGGUAACAGCUUUUAUAACUCCUCGGGUGCUGUCACUUACCCAAGAUGGAAUGUAGUUCGGCCACCAACUUACUUUCUUGGCUAUGUCCAUCCUCGCUCCUUCUUUUUCACUACUAGAAUUACUAUCAUUAGAAGAAGUUAGUCACUGAUUCUGCUUGUGCUUAGGGUCAGACUUUUUCGCGCCUUUUCCUUUGUCGUGCUUUCCGCCUUUCUUGUUGAACUUGUUCUUUCCCUUGUGGUUGGCGACCUUCGUCGGCGUCUUCCAAGGUUGACUGCAAUCUUUCACAUUGUGCGAGCGGAUAGCUGCAGCUUUCUCAUGCUGUUUGCCAAUUGACUUGUAGUGAUCAAAACACUUCUUGCAAAACUUUUCCUCUUGCUGCUGCUUGUAACCACCUUUGCCCCCCUUGGGACUGGACUUACCGCCUUGCCACGUACUUUUUCCUUUUCCGAACGAUUUGCCAGUGACAAAAGCCUGCUGGACAGCUUGCUGCUGCUUCUGCUCAUCGUCCAGAGCAGCGUAAGUUUCGCAUUGUUUUUCCGAAUCUCCAGCAGUGCGCACCAUACGGCGGGUAAGCUCAGUGAUGAGGAACUCGACGGAACCUUCAGCAUGCGUGACUGCACGGCUUUGAGCUUGAUCUGCAACCAUCCUGGUCGCGGUUUGCGAAGUAUCAAUCUGCUUGAUGAUCUUGCGUCGAAGCUCCAUGUCGAACGGCGGCCCCGCGGGAAACCGAGUAGACAACUGACCUAGCAUGCGUCUCAGUUCUGCUGCGUAAUCACGUAGCGGACCACCGUACUGCUUCCAGUUAGAUCGGUUAUACUCUUCAAACUCCACAUCUUCUUGCGCUGCGCCCAAGCUGUUCACUUGCUUCUGGAUAUAUUUCACGAUAUCCCAGGCCGUGUCGGUCAUGCGCUGUUGACGAAUCUCUUCGAGUACCGCGACGCGAAUGCCGAUGGAUAAAGCAUCCUUGAUCGCCUUGGUCAAAACCGCAAACGAUGCUUCUUCCUGUUCCGAUAACCCUGGCAAAACUAAUCCUGCUUGAGGUAUGUAGCGGGCUUGAAACUGAUCGCGAAUGCGUAGUAGCUUACAAGCGUCGAAAAUCUCAUCGAUGAAGAUUUCAAACUGUCUCCUGUCCGUAUACGUUUUUAGUUCGCACGUAAACUUGGCAGGCUUUUGCGGUUGUGGAGCACUGCUUUGCGCUGCUCCUCCUCCUGCUGCUGGAGGCUGUUGCUGUGGUGCAAACUGAUGACCAUUGAUAAAGUCCUUGAAGCGUAGGAUCUUUUCUGCUUUCGUGCCAGUGGUAUCCAGGAAAUACGUACUGAGUAACUGACUGACCUCCGGCACAGUUAGCGUAGACGUCACCGCUGUCAGCGGAGUACAAUGGUAAUUAUUCUGGAAUGCUGCCUGAUACAUUUCGGGGCGUGACUUGGUAUCUCCUCCCCCGUCGUAUAGGCUCCCCGGAGGUACUCCUCGCACCAGGAGGGUAGCUGCUACCCCACGGUCGAGGAGGUCUUGGCAUUGCACUACCGGAGGCGGCAUUAUCGCUCUUUGCUCUGGCUCCUGUACAACAGCCAGGCAAACUGCCAAACAGCUGGAUCCUUUGCUUUAACGUCACCAGAACUUUUUUUAAACUUUCAGCUUGGUAAUGCCACUAGAUACCCACUAGAAAUUUUUCUUACACCACUAGACUCUUGCCGUUCAGGAUUUUCUUGCUUUGCUCCCUUUGCCACUUUGAAAACCGUAAAGGGAGUAGCUUCCAACAGCUUGCGCAACCGUAUCCCUAUCGCGUCAACCAGAAAGGUGCGCCGAAUUUCGUCGGUGUGCUCGUGUAAGGUUGAGAAUAUUUUUGUGAAGGUUGUGACUGUUUAACCCACUAGGAAUUUUUGGCUUCCUCAUUUGAUUAACUGACUGAUUGAUUUACUUAUUGACUGACUGAGUUAGUUAGUUCGUGACUUCUUGAUUUAUUUAUUGAGUAGCUGCGUGACUGCUUGGUUUGUGGAUUGAUUGACUUACUUACUGCCUGGAAUUCUAUGCCACUAGAAAACUGGGAAAAUGGGCCACCUUAAAAUUUUCCCUGUGGGGUUUUUGUAGUAGCAUAAGGUUAGGAGUUCGUUGGUCAAUUUUGCAUGAAUUAAAUCAAUCAAAAUUUUACUACCGUGCUCGCCCUCGUGCUCCUCGUCGUGCUUUCAGAUCUCACCAGAAGACUCGAACAGAGUAGCCGCGUCGUAUUUUUCUCGUGGUGCUUGGUAUCCUCGUAGGUUUCUCGUCGUGCAACAGAUUGGCUAGCUCUCAACAGAAAACUUUUUGAUCUGUGUACUGCUCGCGUUUCGUAGUCGGUCAUUUUCGUUUUCUCAUUCAAAAUUUUAGCUAAUCAGCAUUACAACACGACGAAGAAGAAUAGCGAAAUUCUUACACGUAACAGAUUUAAAAACUCUGUUUCGUGUAGAGUUCAACUCUCUAUAACCAGAAAAGAGCUCUAAUGUUUUCAGUCUGUGGAAAUAACUAGAAAAGCUCAAGAUUAGCACUAGAAUGCUGCGGCCAGGAGGGCACCAAAGUUAGAUAAUUCAUAAGGUAGCCCAAUGGCUACGGUUUGGGUGAUGCUCUUCAUCAUCCUCAGCGAUGUCGCCCCUGUCCUGUGAACUAGUGCUAAUCUGCACAGGCACAGGAUAAAUUUGAGAAGACAAAAUAUUUGGCUUUUGUUGUUGUUGUUAAGUACGAAGAUCCCUGGGGCUUAGUGCAUUUCAUCUGCCUAAGCUAACUAGAUCCGGGCCAACUAUUUAACUCAUCAACUUGUUACUUGCUGCACACGUUUAAGACCUUAAGACUUUGGUCUUGUUGUUGUUGUUGAUGAUGUUGCUGAUCCUGAUGGGGUUGAUUUUCGUGUUGCUGUCGUUAUGAUUUUCUUGCUCCUGUUGUUUCCUUGAUCAUGAUGCUCGUAAGUCUUUAAGUUGUUGACUUCCGUACUGGUAGGAUGAUCUUCAUGCUCAUGCUUGAGAUGAUUCAUAAUUUGGGGAUCGGCAGCGUCGUGGAUGGCUGUAACACUGACGAGCAACACGCUCGCACACCCAUGAAGGCGCACGCCCUGGCGAUGUAGGUGCUUUGCGUGGCAGGUUUUUAGCUCUACACACCUUACAGGAAUUCGGGCUCCGCGGUGAAGACGGCGCACUGGGUGAUAUUUGCUGCCAUGGUUUGCCUGAGCAUGCCCAUGGAUAUGAUUUUUCUCACAUUGAGUAUCCGAAGAUGCUUGCGCGCGCGCGCGCAAAGCGUGAAGGCUCCGAGGAUGCACACGGAAGCAAAGAAGGGAAAAGUAGCGGGUAUUAACAUUUGAUGCCGCGCCGCUGUGUCUAUCUCUGUUGUCUAUGCGUUUCCAUUUGGGUUACGAACGUAAGGAAGCGCUGAGUGCAUGGAGGUCUCCCCUUUUUAUUUCUGUGAGUGGGUAAAUGAAUGAAGCAUGACUUGUGUUUCUAGAGCGUUUCGUCGGCGGAAAAACUUCAGUAGAGUCGGCUGGGCGAAUAAUGGCGACAACGCGACGCAUCUACGCGCCCGCUGGAGUCAGGCCACUGCCUUCCACUUUGCUCGCGCUGUCCAACCGGGCUGAGGGUGUGCGCAAUCGCUAGAACUACAACGCGGGCGCCCCCCGGUAGGGUUGACCUUUGGGGGAAGCUGCCCACCCCCCAACUCAACGAACCUCCGCCGGCCUCGAUUGACACGCGCCGGGCCGCGUCUGUAGCAGCGCCUUUGUGCUGGACCGGUGCGCCGGCUCCCGUGUUGCCCCUGGCGCGGCGGCUUCAUUGUGUGGCGGCGGCGGGUGCGUGGACGGUGUCGCGCGGCGUCGCGCACGCGCCUGGUCAUGGUAUGGGCCGGACGGGGUGGCCGUGCAGUGCUUCUUCGCGCCGGGGUGGAUACGUGGAUCCGCCGCGAGGCACGCAGACAGCCACAGGGUGCUGCCCCGCACCCCAGGCCUUGGGCUCGAUUUGCCUAAGCCGUGACCAGCAGGGGCGCGGCAAGUCUCAGGAAAAUCUCAGUUCUGAGACUGAAAAAAGUCUGGCGUUCGAGCUCGAGCGCCAGGAUUUGAGAACCUUCGACGACGACCAUGGCCAAUUUCUGGGACUGUUCAAAAGUCGGGCGUUCGAGUCGAACCCCAGGGGUUUUCCCUGUCCAAAGACUGACGCAGCAGGGGCCACUCGUUCGGUCUGUGGACAGGAAAAAACCCUGGCGUUCGACUCGAGCGCCAGACUUUUGCCUCCUCUCAGAAAUCCAAGGAGCCUGGCAUCGGGGGUUUUGAAGUCCUGACGUUCGAGCUCGAACGCCAGACUUUUUGCAGGCGCGGGGCUGAGAAUUUUCGGGGUUGAGGGGGUGCUUCGCUCGGGCUUGGAAGUUGGUGGCGCAGGCUCUGUUCUGUGUUUGUGCGGGAUGCAAUUAUGGGCGGCCCGUUGUUGGGCUUGGAGCUCUUCCAAGGUCGCUUUGCGUACCAGUCGGCCUCUCAUUGUCGUCCAGGGUUGGGGAGCUGAAUUUCUUUGCGGCGUAGCGCGCUUGUUUCUGCUUGCUCGGGGAAUGGGAGUAGCUGCUGGAGGGGUACGCGCUGUCCUCCCUGCUGGCCGUGUGCUCUGGGGUUCGGGGAUUAUGCUAAGGGCCACAUGCUGGGGGGGCUCUUUAUCGUGUGGCGCGAUGACGCUCACCGGGGCGGGGCGUCGGCAUCUUGAUCCCUCUGCAGCCCUGGCGUCUUGUUAGGGUGUGCAGCGCUGUCCAUGGGGUCGCUGCCAUGCCCCUUCGGAUCUUGUUGGUCUGGUUUCGGCUGGGCGGUUCUAGUUUCCGCCGUUUGAAGGUAAAAACUCCUGGGUGGAUAUGACUGAAGUUUUUCCGCCGAAAUUAGGUGCUACUCCACGAGUCAUGGAAUGAAGAUGAAAACUCACCCCGCAGGCACUCAGAAGCACUCUCACUCUUCACUCGCCACGCGGAGGGGCUCUCCUUAUGGUUUCUUAUGUUGACUCGGCUUCCCUUCAGGUUUAUUCUCAACGCAGUAGCACCCUUUUCGGCAGAGGCGCUUUUUGCAGCUUAUUGCUCUGGACGUAGCCGCUGCGCUGUGCGUAAGGGCUUCGCUGUGCAUCUUGUGGCGCCGGCGCUUCUCUUACAAUUUUGGCAGGCGCAUUCCCGUGAAAAUUCUGCUCGCCAAUCCAGAAUCCGGCAGCAGAAUGCGUAUGAUGCUGUUGGCGAAGGAUACGCUGACACGGCUGAGGAGGCCGACGAUGGCCCCGCAGCGUUCAUCCAAGCACAAGCAGAGGCAAGUAUUGGCAGUGCGAAGGGGGGAGGCAGUGAUGGCGCCGCGUCUUUAUUUUUAUGUCGGAGCGAGGCCAAGCCUCUGGCGCCUCGAAAGCUCGAGGCCUUUGCCUUUUUUCGUGGUUUCACGCUCGUAUCAGGCUAAGGAGACAGCGGCAAGACCUGAGCCAAAAUGAUAUAUAAGUAGGGGCGGAGGCGAAAAAGGUAGAAGAAGAAGAAGACAGAGCUUGCCAUAAGGAGCGGCCUAGUGUGUGGCCCUUGAUGGGAAUGCGAACUGAUGCACUUAAUUCAGCCAGGCGGGCGGGGGCCCCCAUUGGGCGCCUUUUUCGCGCCUUUUUCUAAUCUUUUGAACUUCAAAGAGGAGGACCAGAGCCCUCUUAGUCUUAGGGAUUAGGGAGGCAAGGGGCAGAAGGAAUCUCGCCCCGCCUGUGCUGUUGGUCAGCUUCUGCGCACCGCGUCGCACGUCGGUCUCGGUCCCCACGUUGACCGCUCCGCUUGAGACGUUUCAGGCACCGCACAGGCGGGGGCAUUAUUGGCGCCGCGUGCAAUGCCUCGGGCCUGCUGGUUGUGGAGGUGCGGCGGGUGUCGGGGCUCGCGUUUUAGGGGGACCCACCCCGGGCUUGCUAGUUUCGGCGGCUUGGGCUUUCGGUCUCUUUGUCGUUUGGCGGUGUCUUUCGCCCGCCCCUCUCUCGUGUCAUGCUUGUUGUAGCAGCAUUUGCGGGUGGUUGGGUGAGGUGGGGCGUCUGCUCUAAUGCUUUGGCGCUGAGAUCUUUGAAGACAGAGCGAGGCGGGGGGAGUAGGGUCUCGGACUUGCCUUGGAGUGGAUUGAAAAAAACAAAGAGGCGCCGCCAGGGCUGCCGCCCGUCGAGCGGCUUGGGCUUGCUUUUCUGCUUUGUUUGCGUGAUGCGUGUAGUGGGGUCAUUAGUUUUUGGGAUGGUCUGUGGCGAGGGGCUGAGGGGGAGCCGGGCUGAGGUGGAGCCCCUCGCCCCAUGGCUUGGCUUCUUGUAUUCUCUAUCGGUGGGCGCCCUUCUUCGGCUUUGCUUGGCCGUUACUUAGUUGCUCUGCGUGUUUUCGUCUUUCUCACCCCCGCCCAGGUGGGUGGCAUGGUGCUUAGACUUCCUUGAAGUUCGCCAUGGCGGGGCCUCUGGUUCGGGUCUUGGUUGGACGGGGGUGGACUCCAUUGGCGGGGGAGUGGUCGUCAGGCGGGUCGCCGCCCCGCACCCAUGGGAAAAACACCAGGAGCGCGCUGCGCCGAACUGUGUCGCGCGGGGGAGGAGAGGAGGGCCCGGGGGAUGGGAGCCUCGCCAAGAUGAGGACCCCGCGCCCAGGCGGUCCACCGUGCGGCCCCGGCUUCCUCGUUUGGUCCAGUUUGCGGCAGUGGUUUUCGGGAGCGAGCUAGAAGGCGGGCUGUCGCUAGCGUGGAGGAUGAUGUGUUGAUGGCUUUUGUUAAGCUUGUUUGCUAGCGCAGGGGCGGCAUGUGGGUGACAGAUUGAGACUCUUGCUACCUUCUUGGACUGCACCGGCAGCCAAGCUCGUGAGGGCUAUCGAAGCCGCGGGCAAGCAGGCUAGAGUGACGCGGGCAGUCAAGUCUGGUUCUGGCUAGGGCUUCGCUUGCGGGCUCAGUCAGACAGCCUCUUGGCUGCGCGUGACUGGGGUGAAAAGGUAGGCGGAGAGAGGUGGCGGCUUUGGCUCGGAGGGUGCCUUCCUAAGUGGCGGAGACCGCUGCGGGCGUCUUUAACUACUUUUCGCCCUGAGAGACAAAGCGAGGGGCUUUUCUAUGUUGGUGGCCAAUUUCUUAGGCGGUGCCGUGCUUUUCUUCCAGGGACACACAAGGAAGGUGUGGGUGAAAGAAUAGCACCGCCAGCUAAGCGCAUGGCUGUCGAGCGGAUCCCGUGGCCGUGGCUGGGGCGCUUUUCAAUAGCAGCGUUUUGUGCUGUUCGUUGUUAAGCUGCAGCAGGCAUCUUUAUGCCUGGCCUCGGUCAUGAUUUGCUUAGGAAAAAGGCUGGUCUCUAGAGCUCUUGAAGGGGCAGGCGUGUCGCUAAGCUAGGAAAAAUCAAGUGCGGCAGAAGGAAAGGAGCAAAACAUGCUGAGCACUGGCGAGACUGUACUUCUCUCCUUUUUUUGUUAUUAUUCAUACAUUGUUCAGGGGUUUGUCGCAGUGUGGUAGGAAAUGGGGCGAGCCAUUGCUGCUGAGGGGCUCGCGACGGACUGGCGUGGCUGUAGAGGUGCUGUGGGUGUUGCGGGUUCGUCGCUCUUUCAUGCAGGGACAUCGCCUGUGUGACAGCUUCGGGCUUUGUCAUAGCAGAGUAAGGUGAGCGACGGGCUCCGAGUUGCAGCGGGUUGCCGGAGUUGCUGAGGCGAAGGGCUCCAGCCUUGGAACGAGUUGCCAGGAGCGAGAAGCCUAGCCGACCGAAAUGGGGCGAAGCAGGGCCGCGCGGGCACAGAGGUGCUUGCUCGGCAUGCGGGGCGCUGUCUUUGCGACCGCCUUCGCAAAAGUUAGAAAGCUGGGCGGGAGCAGGCGUCGUCCCUUUCCGUUUGCGAUCGAUAGCGGCGCGCCGCUCCCCGCUCGGUGGUGGGGGGGCAGGUGCCUCGCCCCCCCCGUGGUUUUGUUGCUUGGGGACUGUGUGCCAGGUUGGGCUUUGGUUUUCGUCCCGCUGCGUUGCGGUGUGAGGGGUUCCUUCCCGCCGGGAUGGCGCUGCGACACGGGGAAAAAUGCAGCGGGGGUUGGUAUGUGGGCGGGUAGCGGUGGGCGCGGUUUCACGUUGGUCGGAGGGCAGCUGCUUGGGCCGGUGCGGUACAUUCCACGCCCCCAGGGACCUGCGUUGGAGCCUCUGCGGGCAUUCGGCUGCCCCCCCUUGGCAGUCUUCCACUGGCGGACCCACUCUUUGCUGGUCAGCAGUUCUCCUGUUUUCUACGUCAACGCCCGCCAAGCAGGUUGCGCCUGCAGGGCGCAGCGAAAAAAUUUGCAUGGGCAACGCGAGCAGCGUGAGGAACUCGGCUGGAUAUUGAUCAUAUGGCGCCUAGUUUUAUACCCGCUGCGCCGCCUCUGUCGUCUUGGGUUUUGGUGGCUUAGCUGUUUUUGCAGGGAGGUGUGGGAGGGGGCACGCAGGGGCAAACGUCGAGCGCCAUGGAGUGCCGGCUCUUGCUGUGGCGGGGGUGCGCGGUCCUUGUCGGUCGGCAGAAGUUGCCUUGGGCGCUCCAGGCUCACGGGCGUCCGCUGGGGUCUUUGUUUCUGGGGGUGGAAUUCUUUAGGGGCGCAUAGAGAAAAGGGCUCUCCCACUGCCAGGACCUUGCGUUUUCUCUGGAGAAGAUGCCGCUCGGGCGGCACGCGGUGCCUCUUCCCUUAGGGGAGACUUUACAUGUAGACACUCAGCGGCUUAGUGUCGGGUGUUUCUUAGGAAGAGGAGAGCGAAGGUCUGGCAUUAGAAGUCCCGUAGACAGUUUCGAAAUAUCGGCCCGGGAAUUCUACCACAGCAGAGGGGCUUUGAUUUGAUCUGUCAUGGUGACGAAAAGCGCGACAGCUCUGCUUCGUGUAGCUCCGCUGCAGAGGUUGGGGCGUUGCUUGCUGGGCCCCUUCGGGUAAAGGUCGGCUGAGCCAAAAGCUACGUUGUGGUGCCGCGUUUUGGUGGUUCGUUCUUUCUUUCUAUGUGUCUUAGUCAACCCGCACAACCGUGGAGAGUGGGCGGGGGCUCGAACGAAGGGCGAAUGAAUGAAACUGCGCGCCCGCAGUUUUUCGCGUCAUUUUGUUGAGGGCUUUGACGCUGUGGCAGUGGGUGGCCCGUGUGAUUCGUGUUGGGUUGGUGUGUCCUCGUGCUUCGUGUCUAUGCCCGUGGCGCGGCGGCGCUUCGCCGUGUGUGGUAGGUUCAGGCAGUGUCCCUCCCGGGGUAUGGCGCGUGGCGUGGGUGUCACAUUCAGGGCGGCAUUGCAGGCCGAUGGCAUGGCGGUGAAGGACUUCGGGGAAAUGAAAGCGGGCGGGAAUUCCUCGCGUGAUUGGCUUUUCCCUGGUAGGGUCUGGGCCGAUGGGACUGCGGCUCCGGCGUUCUUUUUCUUGUGUGAAGUUCGUGCGCUGCGGGGCUCUUCGGGCUUGCUUGGGAGUUUGUUUGGCCAAUAAAUUGGCGCGGGUGGUAGCACGCAGACGAACUACGACAAACGAAGGAGAACAGAGGGCACGCAUGGAAACAAGGCAAAAGGUGCCAAAUGGGACAUGCAUGACAGGCAGGCCCACUAUGCCGGGCGAAGUUUGAAGGGCGGCGCUAGCAUCUAAAACGAAGCACCUCGGCGGGCUCUCUGGGUUCUCCUCGUUGUGUCUUUUGUUUCUCGUGUGAAGUCUCAAAGGCUGGCGGCCUCGUUUUGCGCUCUGUGCGUUUGGGUACUCCGUUGUUUGAGGCACUUCGCCAGGCCAUUUUUUGGGGAUCUCUGCAACGAUGUGAAAGCAAAGACCUGCGUGAAGUCUUCGCGGGGACAGAGCUGCCCGGGGCUCGUACGCCGUCGACAUCGGCGCCGCCCGGGGUGCAGUCGUGGCGUCCUUGUGUGAGCCCCCCUGAAGCGUAGGGGACUGGGGUGGAGGACGUGGGGAAACGCAGCCGGGGGGCAGUGUCAUGAAUAGGGGACGCCGCUGGCCAUCUUUCUACGCUUGAACACCCUGGGCGGCUUCUCGUCUCUUCUGUCUCUCACGGAAGAGGAAAAACCUUAGCAAAAAGGCCGUCGCGAAGCCUUUGGGCGUUGGAGUAAAAAGCUGGAAUCUUUUUGGAGCAAAGCGCAAACGCGUGAGGUCAUCAUGGCCAAGGCUUGGGCGCUUUCUGUCAUCAUUCAGCCACCUUGCGAAGGUUUUCUUUUUGCGCUCGCUCUUGUCUCCUGUGUUUUUUGGUGAAAGGGAGCAUUAAAAUGGAGCGCCAGGAACAAGCCCGCGACAGUUUUCGGCGGGUCUACAUACAUAGCAGGGCCUAGCGUUUUGCGUCUCUGCUUUUUCUUUUAUUUUGUCUCCCCUCUUUGUUCUUCUUUCUCUUCCCAGCCUUGUGAACCCGUUUGGGCUGUGCGUUUGCUUGGGGGUGUGUCGGGUGGUUCUUGCGUCGAGGGCGGGCUUGUUGGCUUGUGCUGAUCUCGGGACAGUGGUCGGGCUGGUCGUGUGUUGGUUCUGUCGGCUCUGCUUUCAGAGGCUUCGCAGGACCCGCGUGAAGUGGACAGCCCAGGCGCAAAAGCGGCGCGCGCGAGCCCCGGCAAUUUUUCGCCAAGAUUCUCCAUAGACGGCAGUCCUCGGGCGCGGCAGUCUCUAAAGUACACAGGGGCGGGGCGGCCAUGGGCCCAGGGAGCCUCGCGCCAUAUGCUGGGGGGUGUAGAUACGUAGUCGCUUCCAGUCGGGCUCGGGCGCCGGUGGCGCUGCGUGGGCUGUGUGGCUUUUAUGCUGACGCCUCUGCGCGUCUUGAUUCUGAGGCCGCAACUUUGGCGCACAUUUCUCGCACGUGUCAGCCUUGCAGAGGUCAGCUCGUUUGGCUCUCUCUUCGUGCAGAUCCCUCGCUCUGGCAAGUUUUUGCUUUUUCUGUAUGUUCGUCUUCUGUGCUUUUCUCUGCGAUUAGGCGCCUCCCUUGGUUCCAUCCACGUUGGGCAGGGUCUUUUUCUGUUUCUCCUUCUUGUGUGUUUUUUCUAGAGGUUAACUGCUCGGGCACGUUCCUCGCAUUGGGCUGGGCUUUUUGUUUUUCUACCUCUUCCAGGUGACGAGUGGGCGCCCCUCUAUCGGGUUCCUUCUUUCGAUAAUUAUGCAGCGCCGUUCCCCCCGUUGUGUUGCUUUGCGCUCUUUGUUUUUUCUGCCGCAAGUUGUUCGCCGUGCGUCGUGUGUUCUUUUUUUCGCGUUGAUUUUCGGCGCCGCCUCGUUAGGCUGAGUCUUUUGCUUUUUCUGCUUCUUCUUCUUUGGUGUCUGUUGGUUUUUGCUCUCGUUUUCUUUUUGGUUGAUGUAUGUUGUGGACCGCAUCAGACCAGGCGACCUGCGGCUGGCGACAGCGCGGCCGCUUUGAUUGGCUUUGGCAACGUGUCUCACUGUCCUCGCUCGGCCUUAAGUCGCCUGGCUCUACAGGCUUGUGGAUGUCGGUGGGAUGUGGUGCCACCGCCAUGCCUGCCGUGCCUCCAUUGGGCCCUCCCCCUGACUGAUUUAGGGAAGAGAAGUGCGGGAGGUGCUUGCGCAGUGGGCUGGAACUGAGGGUGAACAACUGGCCAGGAAACAGAUAUGGGAGAAGCUAAGGCAGAGAGCAAGGGAACGCCACCGGGGGAGGGAUCUUGGGGGGGGGGAAAGGGGGUGGAGGGGCUUCAGAGGGUCCAGGAAGUGCUGGAGGGUGGUGAGAGAGAAGCCCGAAAAGGGGCCGGGUAGAAGUAAGACGUGGGCAAAAAGGUUGAAGGCAAGGAGCGUCGAGGAGAUGCCCCUCAGGUGCCUGCGGACGACACACUGGGAGGGGCUGCGAAAUGCGGUGGCGAGGGCUCUACAUGACACCGAAAGAGGGGAAGAGGAGGCCCUGCCAGCGUAACAGCUUGCGAGAGAUGUUCUGUGGGGCUGGAUGGUUUUGAAGGGCCGCCGGGGCUCGUAGGGCACGGCGCCAAGACAGCGAAGAGCAAGGAGGAAGGAGGCCGGGAGACGUGUGGAGAAAGGGCGGCACGGCAGAGGGUAGAGGAAUGGAGAGCCGUGAAGAGGGAAAGAGGGCGCAGAGAUCGAUGGGGAAGUAAGACAGAGGAGGGAGGAGGGCUGGGCAGUGACAUGCCCAAGCUCUGGGGGGUGAUGCACAUGCAUCUCGAGGGAACGGGAGCCGCGGCAGAGUGGCUCCGGGAGUCCUUGGGGGAGGCGUUGGAGGAGGACGCCUGACCAUGGCAGGGGCGGGGGUAUAAGUAUGCGCACCACCGGCGAGAGGCGUGGGAGGUCUCGGAGCUCGUCGGGGGCUCCAUCGUUUGCAUGGAGGUGCAAGAAGAGGGAGAGGGGAGCGAUGUGUCGCGCCUGAAGAGCUGCAGGGGCGGCGCCUCCUUCGGAUAUCAGGGGGCGCGGGGUGUGCCAGAUUGGCUAUAUAUGGGAUGGGCGAGGCGCGUGCAAACUGGUUAAAGGGGGUGAAGAGGCUUAGGGAGGAUAAAAGGAGGCGGGGGGCGUUCUGUGGUAUGAGGUGAUGGAAAUGGGACCCGAGCAAGAAGGCAAGGCGCAGACGUGCCCAUACAGGGCAAAGGCGUGCUGACGGCCAGAGGAGCCAGGAGCACAAUGGUGCGAGGGGUGCAAAAGGACCGAGGGCGGGGAACAGCUUUGGGCAGAGCACAGGCGAGCGAAAGAGGAACAGGGGGAGAAAGGGAGGGAAAAAGAGAGAAAACAGGAGGGAGAGAAGAGGGAACGAGAGCGAAAGCGGGACGAAAAGGAAGAGGAGGGAGAAGAGGGGAAGCGGGUCCAACAAAUAAAGAGGAAAAGGGCCAAACAGGUGGAAGAGGUGCAGACAAAACGAGGGAGCGAAAGGGGGGAAAUGAGGAGACAAGGCAGGAAAAGGCGGAGGGGGGAAAGGCUGGGCCUGGCCCCGGAGGAGAGGGGGGGGGGGGGGAGGCAUACAAAAAGAGAAAGAGGGGGACGAGCCUGGAGGGAGAGGGAGGGGGGGCGAAGUGGAGAACGAAGGCGAGGGCCUGCCCCUGGGGAAGGUGGAGGCGACGGCGGGGGAGAGACAGGUAGCAGGGCUCAGCCGGGUGAUGAGCGGCAGGGCGCCCAUGCUGAGAGAGUGCAGGGCGGCGAUUGGCAUGAGAAAGGGAGGACGGGGAACAAGCGGCCACCGGUGAAAUGUGGCCAAAGACAAGGAGGAAGGGGCGCCGCGCAAAGGGCGCCGAGACCGAAAGCGAAGGGGAAGAAAGAGCCGGCGAAGGAGAAGACCGGCAGAGCCCGCAAGGGAAAGCGGGGCGAAGUGGGCCAAGGGGGUAGAGGGAUGAACGGCGCAAGAGCGCGAGAAGGGCAAGGGGACGGCAAGCGCGAGGCUGUGGAGCCGUAGGGCAGGGGAAGGGCUUGGAGAAUGCAAAGGGUGAGAAGGGCAACGAGGUGAAAGGGAACGGAGAGGCCCAAGGACAAGGGCAGGGAAGGAGACAAGGGCAAGCCCAGCCAAAGAGGAUAAGCGGCUGCAUGAAAUGAGACCAAAGGGGCCGAGGUUUAGGGGCUCCCGCUUUCUUAAGUUAAGGGGGGGCCCCCUGAUGGGGAAAGUUUAGAAGGCGGGACGCCGGAGGCGGGCGCCGCACUUUCUUGGGGCCGCCUGGUGGGUUGGCGGUUGGAGUUCCGCGCCAUCUUUGCGGGUUCGGGUUGGGCUCUUGUUUCUACUCUUUUGAAGAGGGGGACCCCUUUAGGGAUUAUGGGGGCAAGGGGUAGGCGGAGUCUUGCCUUACCUGAGUGAUUUGCGCGCCAUCAAGUCAAUUCCAGCCAAGAAGCGCAGGCGGCUGCUCGGUUUGGGGCUCUAAGACUUCGCAAGAGCUUUGCCACGUGAUUGGCCACGCGACUGACCACACGCCGGGCCACAUUUCGGCACCGAAUUCUGGGAGCUUGGGCCGCCGGUCUUGCUUGGUGAGGUCUUGCCCCUCCGUUGUGCUGGAGGGAGGCGCGGGAGCACUUUGAGACCCAUCCAAACGGCGGCUGCCGUUCCAGACUUGUUGAGUUAGGGCUUUGUCGUUGGUUGAGCGUGGGCGCGGGGUGUGGGGGUGUUCGGGGGUGCUGCGGCGCCACUGCGGGGGCCCGCGGGGUGCGAGGGCCUCGUGGGUGUAAGGCGUUUGCGUCGCUUCUGCUGGAGGCAUCGGGGCAGGGGGUGGGGGUUCUUCAUCAGUCGACGUCGAGGAGCGGCCAAAGACCAAGCGGGGGGAGAUGGUUGCGCCACCUCCUUGCGCACAGUGUGGAGCGUCUUAAAGGGGGUGGGGGAACAUGUUCGGGGCCUCAGCUGCUCGCAAGUCUCGCGCAGUGUCGGAAGGUAAGCAGAGGGCUUUGCUGGUGUUGCGGUUGCGUUCGGUCAUCGGGGUGCCAAUUCGUUUGCGCGGUUCCUCGAAAAUCCGCGCGCAAUUUAGCGACAGUGAAUAUGUCCUGGCGUGUCUCGGUGUUUUCGCGUGUCUCGGUGCCUGUCCUCGAGUGCCUCCGGCGGAUUCGUUCCUCGCAGUAGUGUUUUAUAUCAAUUUCCACGCUUGCAGUUGUGCUGUCGUUGUCAGUUGCAACCAACGAGAGCGCAGACUUUGGCGACAGCCUUUAGAUAGAACGCAACAGUAUACAACAGCCUCAACCUAGAAUCGUCCCUAUUCCAGUCCCGCGCGAUCGCGAUGGCGCUGCAGAAAAAUAUUAGCGAGCUGGCCCAACUGAAGCAAGCAGUGGACGAUAUGAAAGAGGCUGGGGCAGCACCCCAGCCAGACCUGCUAGGACUGACGAAGACAAUCGAGGAGGCGCGACAAGAUCUGGAGGCACUGCCUCAAGCGUGCCGCAAGCUUGCAGCGGAACUGUUACCGGGUCGUGACGCUAAAGAGGUGCCUGAUGAUGUCUUUCUGGAAUGUGUCGACAGUGUUGUCCCUGAAUUAAUUGCUGCAAAAUCCAAGGCCACGCUGUCCAAGGUCCGCUACGCAGUCGAACAACUCAAGCAAGCGAGUGAGAAACUGCGGAACGGCGCGGCGCCCUCAGGUAUGGUUUCUAGUUCUACCUAAACAAAUUUGAG